AUGGCGGCCGCGGUGCUGGCGGCGGCGGCGGCGUCGGAGGGCGGCGGCGGCGGCGCGGGCGGAGGAAGCAGCGGCUGCUCCGGCGGGGUCUCCGGGGCGCUCAUGCCGGGGGGAGGAGGAGGAGGAGGAGGGGGCCUGGGUUCGGGGGGCGGCGGAGGCGCUGCUGCCUCUUCGGCGGGCCCGUCGUCGUGGACGCGCUCGUUGGAGCGGGCGCUGGAGGAGGCGGCGGCCAGCGGCGCCCUCAGCCUGAGCGGCAGGAAGCUGAGGGACUACCCGCGGGGCAGCGCCGCCAGCCACGACCUCAGCGACACCACGCAGGCCGGUGAGGAGAGGGGAACCGGGGCGGGGGGGGGGAGGGAGGGCUGCGCCCCCGAAUAGAUGGGAGGAGGAGCCCCCAAGAGCCUCUAGGGGCGGGAGGGGGGCAAGGGGUGCGCCCCCCACCCCUCAGUGUUUGGGGGGCAAGGAGUGCUCCCUCCACCCCUCAGUGUUUGGGGGGGGCGAGGGGUGCUCCCUCCACCCCUCAGUGUUUGGGGGGGCGAGGGGUGCUCCCUCCACCCCUCAGUGUUUGGGGGCAAGGGGUGCUCCCCCCACCCCUCAGUGUUUGGGGGCAAGGGGUGCUCCCUCCACCCCUCAGUGUUUGGGGGGCAAGGGGUGCGCCCCCCACCCCUCAGUGUUUGCGGGACAAGGGGUGCUCCUCCACCCCUCGGUGUUUGGGGGGAGGGGUGCUCCCCCACCCCACAGUGUUUGGGGGUGGCAAAGGGUGCUCCUCCACCCCUCGGUGUUUCGGGGGAGGGGUGCUCCCCCACCCCUCAGUGUUUGGGGGGCAAGGGGUGCUCCCCCACCCCUCAGUGUUUGGGGGGCAAGGGGUGCGCCCCCCACCCCUCAGUGUUUGGGGGGGCAAAGGGUGCUCCCCCCACCCCUCAGUGUUUGGGGGGGGCAAGGGGUGCUCCCCCCACCCCUCAGUGUUUGGGGGGGCAAGGGGUGCUCCCCCACCCCUCAGUGUUUGGGGGCAAGGGGUGCUCCUCCACCCCUCAGUGUUUGGGGGUGGCAAAGGGUGCUCCCCUACCCCUCAGUGUUUGGGGGUGGCAAAGGGUGCUCCCCUACCCCUCAGUGUUUGGGGGAGCAAGGGGUGCUCCCCUACCCCUCAGUGUUUGGGGGAGCAAGGGGUGCUCCCCUACCCCUCAGUGUUUGGGGGAGCAAGGGGUGCUCCCCUACCCCUCAGUGUUUGGGGGGAGGGCAAGAGGGUCGCCUCCAGGGGCGCUGGCCCAAAUGGCCCUCUCUGCGCCCCUCCACUUAUUUAUUUUAUUGGCUGGACUGCUUCGUUGGUCGCAUUCAUAGCCCGCCUUUUAAUCCGACGGUGGGCAUACAUGGUUUCCUCUCCCCGCCCUCCUCCUGCCAUCUCCACAACACUGUGAGGUGCGCUAGGCUGAGAGAGGCAGUGGUUGCGCCUCCCCCCCCCCCGUGACACUCAGUGAGCUGAGUGGGGGGACGGGACUCGAACCCAGGUCUUCGUCCCAUGCGUCGUUGGUUAUUCUGGAUUUGGCUCCACCUGUUCUCUGCGCCACAGAUUAGGAUCCGUUGUUACAAAUAUAUCCCGUAUUUUUCCUCCGUGGGUUUCAUGAUAGGUCAGUUGGGGGUCAGGGUCAUUGGUUUGAGUCCCAUGCUGGGCAAAAGAUUCCUGCAUUGCAGGGGGGGUUGGACUAGAUGGCCCUUGCGUCCCUUUCAACUCUAUAGUUCUAUUAUUCUUAAUCUCUGGAUUGCGGGUUUGAGUCCCACAUUGGGCAAAAGAUUCCUGCGUUGCAGGGGGUUGGACUAGAUGAUCCUCGGGACCCCUUCCAGCUUUGUCUGGAAGUCUAUGAUUCUAUGACUCAAGGGCAGUGUGUAUUGUUUUUCCCCUCUCUGCCUCUUCAGUUAACCCCCAAAACAACCCAGUGGGGGGUGGGUUGGGCAGAGAGAGGCAGUGGCUGGCUGGCAUCCAAGGCCACCCAGUGAACUUCAUGGCCGAGUGGGGAUUUGAACCCUGCUUUCUCCCAGGUCCUAGUCUGACACUCUUUAACUACUGCAACCCACUGGCUCUGUCAGUUUUUCUAUCCUUUCUUUCCAGUGGGAUGCAGCAGCCAAAAAAGCUAAUGCGAUUCUAGGCUGCAUCAACAGAAGUUACAGUGUCCAGAUCAAGGGAAGUUAUAGUCCUUCUCUAUUCAACCUCGGUCAGACCCCACCUGGAGUAACAUGUCCAGUUCUGGCCACCACAAUUUAAGAAGGUUGUUGACAAGCUGCAACAUGUGCAAAGGAAGGUGACCGAGAUGAUCAAGGGUCUGGAAACCAAGCCUUGUAAGAACGGUUAAGGGAGUUGAGUAUGUUUAGCCUGAGGGAGAGUAGACAGAGAGGACAUAUGAUAGCCAUCUUCAAGUAUCUGAAGGGGUCACAUGGAGCAAAAACAUUAGGAAGGACUUUCUGAUGGUAAGAGCUGUUUGACAGUAGAAUGGACUCUCUUAGAAGGUGCUGGGUUCUGUUUCCCUGGAGGUUUUUAAGCAGAGGUUGGAUGGUCAUUUGCCAGGGAUUAUUUAGCGGUAUUGCAUCGGGUUGGACUAGAUGCCCCUUGAGGUCCUUUCCAAUCCUACAAUUCUAUGAUUCCUCUUAGGAGCUCAGUGUGGUGCAUAGAGUUCUCCCCUUCCCAAUUUUAUCCUCAGAACAAUCCUGUGAGGGGGGUCGGACUGAGAGUGACUGGCACCUAAGGUCACUCAUUGAGCAUCACUGGGUAGGGAUUUGUACCCUGGCCUCCCAGGUCUUCAUCCGACACCCUUAACCACGAUGCCAGAAAGGCUGCUUUGUAACUCUAACCAGAGCAAGGCGAAGGCUGCCUUCCUUCCUUCCUAGUUGGGUUGUGUGGUGUGUCUGUGUUGGUGAGCCAAGAGCCAAGGAUGCUUCGCAGUGCUGGUCAAAAUGCACAGCCAUACCUGUAGACCACCCUAGUAAGGCUGCUAGAACCCUAUCCACAUUUACUGGGGAGUAUGCCCAAUUGAUCUCCCUGGGACUUGAUUCUAAGUAAACAUUGCCCUGCUAUUCCACAAAAAUUGUGUGGAUUAGUGAAUUGUUUCAUGCCAGUUUGCAUGAAUUGGGAUGUUUGCAAAUAAAUGCAGUUACCAGUAUUGAGGUUAAUUUCAGAUAGGUGGUGUUAUGAUUGCAGUCUUCAAAACACUUACUGGGAAGUAAGCCUCAUUUGAAGUCAGUAGACUGAUCUCUGAGUAAAUAAGCAUAAGUUGUGGGCCGCUUAUGUGUGGAUUUUGUAUCUGUAAUACAAGCAUUUGUAUAUUACAAACCACCUGCACUGGAUGCCAAAGUGGUGUUGAAUGUAUUAUGUGGUGUUAUUUAUGAAAUAUUAUACUUCUGGGAUCACAGAAAAUGAGAAAAUGAUCCUGCAAAAGUAGAAUGGGGAAAAAUGUUUGUGUAGCUUAGAUAUUAGAUUUAUUAAAAACACUUAGAAUCAUAGAAUUGUAGAGUUGGACGGAACACCAAGGGUCAUCUAGUCCAACCCCCUGCAAUUCAGGAAUCUCAGCUAGAUCAUAUAUGACAUGUGGCCAUCCAACCUCUGCUUAAAAAUCUGCAAGGAAAGAGAGUCCACAACCUCCUGACGGGGACCGUUCCACUGUCAAAUAGCUUUUACUGUCGGAAAGUUUUUCCUGAUGUUGGAUCAGAAUCUCCUUUCUGGUAACCUGAAGCCAUUUGUUCGAAUCCUACCCUCCAGCAGGGCAGGAAAAAACAAGUUUGUUCCUUCUUCCAUGUGACAGCUGUUCUAACCUGCCUUUCUGUUCAAAGGGACCCCCAAGAUGGCAACAUAGCACCAUCAGUUUGGUUGUAUGUCCAGAGAGAGAGGAGCAAAAGGCAGGUCCCUGCCCCAAGGAGCCUUACAAUCUAAACUUGAUUGAGGGGAGAAGGAGAGCUUUAGCCGACAAAUGAUUAAUAUGAGCAGUUGCACACACGAAGGCUUUGGUUCAGCUGAGGACUGUAAAGUUUCCUUCUUUUCUACCGUAUGAGUGUGAAAUGUGGUGUACAACUGCCACUCCCUCCUCCACAAAUCGAAAUGAUUCAAAAUAAUUUUGAAAGCAUAAUGGGUGGUGGUGAAUAAUGGUCUUGAUCCCUGGAGAAUUAGGGAGUCCCCGAGGAAUAGGAAAUCCCCCACAGUGGAAUAGUCCACCAUCUGGAACGCUUCCCUGUUCUCCCCCUACCCCGACUUAAGAGGGUAUUUCAUGAGCCCCUGUAGGCUGGGAGAACCUGCUGGAGAAUAGAUGGUGGCAUCUAGGGUGGGCACCGGUAGAGCUGCACCCAGGGAUCUGUGAGGAAUUGAAAAAGCAGGACACUUUUUUAUUGUGGGAUAGUGAAGACUUGGAGCCUGGGGACUGGGUAGGACUUCUUUCACUCUGCAAAAAAUGCUGUCGCAUGAAUGUGUAUUUGUUCGUUGUACGGUUGAAAAUUCCACUCUAAAUAUGGGCUUGACGGCCUGGUAACUGCCAAUUUCAUAGUACGCUUACACAAGCAAAUGGAGCCCAAUUGUGGCAGCCUGUAUUUAGGAUGGGUAGAAUAAUUCAAAGUAGAUUAAGUAUUUACAGGUCUGUCUAAAUGAGAACAAGCUGUCAAACUGGACUAUGUGGGAUAAACAGAAUGCAGAUGAACCCAGAUGAAUAGUCAAAUAGCCAAGAAAGGGGGGGGUGGAAUUCAGUGAAUGGAAGUACAGUGUUUAUUUUGUAUCAUUUGACAUGUGACUGUGUCUAGAAGUGUUUAUUAUAAAUACAAAUACUAUGAGUCAUCAUUGUGAAACGUCUUAAUCUCCAUUGUUAGAUGAAUUCAGAUGUUACCAUCUGUGGCUGCAAACUUGAUUCUGAUACAACUUUUCGCAAAAUUUGUGUGGUUUGAAACAGGUUUGCUAGCAGAAAAAGAUUAAGUUGAAAGAUUUCUGGAUGUGGGGCCUGGGUUCAAACGUCUGCCUGUGGACCUGCAGAGUGAUCUUGGGAUGGGUCAGCAUUAAGUUGUGAAUAGUAGGGUGUAAGCUGUGAAUAAUAGGGUGUACAGACCAGAUUUCCUCAGCUGGAAUGCUGUACUGCAUCUUUCCAUGUUAAGAAUACUGCGGACAUUGUGAAGAUAGUAGAACCAAUCAUAUAUUUGUUGUGGUAUACUUGAUUUUUAAGGGAUUUUUAAAAACCUGGCUAAAAAUAAUAUUUGAGAAAUGUAAUACUAUUUUUCAAGUACUACAAAUCAUAUUUCUUUGGAUAAAAGCCAACAGUCCUUCUUUCCUCCAAGUGCUCAGAUACAUUCUCAGUAAGGCCAUCAACCCUGUAAGUUGGGCUAGAAGUAUUAUUCCCCUAUUACUGAUGAGGGGUGAAGCUGAGAGAGAGUGGCUUGCCUAAGGCCACCUAGUGAGUUGAGCUGGCUGAGCUGUGAUUUGAUCGGGGGACUUUCCGGUUCAUAGCUCAUGCUCUUAAUGACUACCGCAGUUUCAAAAUGGGAAUAUGGCACAUGGCCUCAGAAGCUUAGAAACAAAUUAAAUGAGCCUACAGCUGUAAGCCCUGAGCAUGCUUGCUUAAAAGUAAACUUGCUGUAUUUAGGCUGGAGAUGUAGAUUGUCUGACUUCAGUUAUUCUGCUUUCUUAAGAAGCUCGGCUGUGGUUUAGCACUUGUGGUUCACAGCACAAUGCAGUACAGUUUAAAAUCCAUUCCUGUCUGUUCUCAUCCCUUCAUAAUCAAUAAUUGCUUACGUUUUUCCAUUCUCCAUGCUGUUUGGGACAGGCAAUAAUGUUGCAUACUCACCCCAAUCCCUUCUCCAUAUUUAAAACGUCAGCUGUCAUUAGUGCUGCCAAUUGUGAAGUAAGGCUGGAAACAGCUUUUAUUUAGCACCUUUGAGAAGAUCGGUGGCAUCUAGUCCUUUCACCAGCUUUUGCCCCUUGCACUCUUCUGUUAGAAAACCAGAGCUGUGAGGUGCCACACAAAGUGAUGCACUGAUAACAUUGUAUGUCAGGUGCUUAUACUGUAUAGAUCUGAAGUAUAAAGCAGAAUGUUAUUCUGCAUGAAGAAAAUUAGCUGCUGGAGUAGGAAUUGUUUGCUUACAAGAUCUAGUUCCAACUUUUUUAUUUUUGAGGGUUUUGUAAUAUUGGAGACUGCAAUACAUACAUAAAUAAAUAAAUUCUGACAGUGGGAUAAAACUAAGGGGGCACAUUUAAUGAAAUGAAACUUUCCUGAGCAGAAAUAUAAAAUGUAAACAAGCCCUUAAGAUGCAGUAAAAUAUAAGGAACAAUAGUUAGCUGUGGCAUCUGCUCCUUUUAAAAAGUUUAUUUGGAGAUAGAGUUGAGAGAUGUUUAGUUAGAUUUAAAUGAAUAAAUAGAUGGUCCGAAUGUCAUCAGACACUUACCUAAAACAACUGUUAAUCUAAUGCCUUUCCGUGCAAAAACACCUCUUAAUUCUAUUCCCUGUCAGUUUACAUUUAAGCCUCUUACCCUUAUUUUUACUACUUCCUUGUCAAUCCCUAGCCUCAAUCUUUAAAAAGAAAGUUCCCAAUGUAGAUUGAAACCUUGUUGGUUCUGUAUAGUACACUGCAUGCAGUAGCAGAAAUGGCAGGAUUCAACAUAUUGUAGUGAAUGAAGUGUUGCAUAGUUGCCUCCUUUGGAUGAAGCCAGAAUGCAGGCUUUACUUAAAACAUGUAUCUGCUUUGAAACCCUUUAGGCAGCUCAAAGCAGUUAGACUGCGCUAUAGAUCAUCUUUGUAAAAUGGUUGUUCAUGUGGCCACUUAUGUGAAGGAAGAAUUGCCUUCAGGCAGAGAAGCUCUAAGAACAUAAGAAGAGCCUUGCUGGAUCAGGUCCAAGUCCCAUCUUGCCCAGCAUUUUAUUCUAGGACCCGAGUGCAACAGCAGUCUCCCCACCAUGGUUCCCAACAACUGAUGCUCCAUGUCAUACUGCAUCUGGCAGUGGAGGUAGAAUAUAGCCAUUGUGGCCAGUCUGGUAGCCAUUGAUAGCCUUGUGCUCCAUAAAUUAUCUAAUCCCCCUUUAAAGCCACCCAUAUUGGGGGCCUUGACUGCCUCUUGUGGGAGUGAAUCCCAUAGUUUUAUCUAUGCCCUCUGUGAAGAGGUCCCUCUUUUUGUCUAUCCUGAGUCUCCCAACAUUUAGCUUCAUUGGAUGACCCUGAGCUUUAGUUUUAUGAGAGAGGGACAGAAACUUUUCCCUAUCCACUUCCUCUGCAUCAUGCAUAAUCCUGUACACCUCAGUCAUGCCCCCUGCCUUCCUUGCCCUUUCUUUUUAAACUAAUACGCUCCAAAUGUUGUUUCUCAUAGGAGAGUUACUCUGUUUUCUGAACCUUUUCCAGCUCUGCAAUGUCAUUUUUGAAGAGAGGUGACCAAGGUGGUCUUCCUGGUCAGUCACAGCUGGUUCAGACCCCAUAUGUGAAAUUAGAAUUUCUAGCCCCAGUGUGCUUGCCACGUUGGCCUUUUCUAGGCCACAAAUGUCUUAACAAAUAGGUAUGUGUGCUCUAAUGAAAUCUAGGCAUGUUAUUUUAGUGGACUUGUUUGCAAGGUUAUUGUUGGAUAGUACAUAGAUCAAGCCCAGUAGGGCUGUUACAGUGUGAAGCUAUUCAGCUGCAUUGCGAGUUAACAAAUGGGGAACAAAGUAUGUGGCAUACAUGGACCUUUCAUGGACUCUAUUGUUGUUUAGUUGUGUCCGACUCUUCGUGGCCCCCUGGACCAGAGCACGCCAGGCACUCCUGUCUUCCACUGCCUCCCGCAGUUUGGUCAAACUCAUGUUAGUAGCUUCAAGAACACUGUCCCAUCAUCUCGUCCUCUGUCGUCCCCUUCUCUUUGCGCCCUCCAUCUUUCCCAACAUCAGGGUCUUUUCCAGGGAGUCUUCUCUUCUCAUGAGGUGGCCAAAGUAGUGGAGCCUCAGCUUCACGAUGGCUGUUUAUUGCUGCUGCCACUGUAAGGUUGUAAAAGUGGAUAGUACCAAGGUCCUGGAACGACCCUGUUCUACAGUUUUCCUGACUGCAAGAAAGCAGCUGUAUGCACAGCUUUAUUUUCUAAGCUUUUAAUCAUUGUUUAUGAUCAUCUGGUUGUGAUAAGAUGGUAUUUGCAGGGAAGCAGAUUUUAGCUCAACAUUAGGAGAAACAUCCUAACAGCAAGAGCAGCUCAGUAAAGGAGCAGACUUCUUCAGAGCUGGUGGGCUGUCCUCCUGCUGCUCUGUCCCAGCUCCUGCCAGCAUAGCAGUUCAAAAGCAUACCAGCGCGAGUAGAUAAAUAGGUACCACUAUGAUGGGAAGAUAAAUGGCAUUUCUGUGCGCUCUGGCACUCGUCGCAGUGUCCCUUUGUGCCAGAAGUGGUUUAGUCAUUCUGGCCACAUGUCCUAGAAAAGGUGUCCACAGACAAAUGCCAUCUCCCUUUGGCCUGAAACUAAGCAGAGAUGAGCGCCUCACCCCAUAGUCGAAUUAGCUGCCCAGGAGUCCUUUACCAUUCCUCUUUACCUUCUCCGGAGAUAUUAAAGCAGAGGCUGGAUGGUAUCUACUUUGUGCAGGAAGGUUGAACUAGGUGACCUCCAAUGUCUCUUCCCCCUCGUAGGCUCUUUGCUGAUUUCUCAUAUCAGGUUAUUUGACUUAGUUUUUCCUCCACCCUCCAGUCACUGUCCUUUCAGCCUAACCUAUUUCACAGGCUUAUUGGGAGGAUGAAAGGAAGUGGCAAGAGCUACGGAUGCUGCCUUGAGCUUGUUGGAGGAAAGUUGGAUGAUAAAUAAAGAAAAUAAAUAAUCAUAGUAAUGUUCUAAAAGUAAAAAGAUCUUAGUUCAUCAGAACCAUGUGUUCAGUGUUGUUCUCUGUAUUUCCAAGGCAAAUAUAGCCUUCACUGACCCAUGGAUGAGUGGAUUCAAAACAAGGUUGUGGCUAGACAGCCACACAGUGCUGUUAACCUGUGUAUUGCAGGUUCAGGGAGUCAAGACCCUGUGCUGCCUUACCAUAAGAUAAAUUAAACUGUGGUUACACUCCUUUUACCACUUGGUAAGCAUGAUUGUUUUCAAAAUAUGUCAUAACAUAGCCCUGUCAGGUUAAAUACUUAGCAAUUAACUUGAGGAUAUCCCUUUUUGUCUCAGCUGCUGUGUCACAGAUAGCUUAACCUUUCUUAUCCUAACCAUGUAGUUGAAAAUAAGAAGACUAAGGUUAUUAUUAGAAUAAAAUCAAGAUGUAAAACGACAAAAUACCUAAUAAAAAUAAAAAGAACAACCCAAUAGUCCCCCUCCCCCGCCAAAAACAACACACAUUUUAAAGAAGCAUAGGAUGUAAAUCGGCUCAACCAAAGGCCUGGUUAAAAAAAAGGAACGUUUUUGCUUGGCACCUAAAGGUGUAUAAUGAAGGUCCCAGGCAAACUUCCCUGGGGAGAGCAUUCCACAGACAGGGAGCCACUGCAGAGAAGGCCUGUUCUUGUGUUGCCAUCCUCUGGACCUCAGAAGAUAAAAUAAGGUUCCAGUUAGGCUCAUAUGGAAAGAGGCGGUCCUGGUGGAUCUGUGUCUUCCAUCAUGAUUUACUAGAAAUGUCCCUGUUUUCAUACAUCGCAGGUUGAUAACUUGGCAGGUAUUUGUUCCACAUCCAACUCCUUUACCCUUCAUACCGGCUCUGAAAUUUAUCUUCAUAUCAAACAAGGCUACUCUCUUUGGGAAAUGUUUCUAGCCUUUAUUUUAUUUUUAGAAUCACCUAUACCAUGCUUUGGAAGAGCUCUUAAGUGAUCACACAUAAAAUAAUAUAAAACGAUUGUAAAACAUACAUCAGUAAAGUCAGCCAGAAUUUUAAAUCAAGCUUGUGCAACUAAAUUACAUUUCUGGGUAUAAAGUUUUUAACAGGCAUUUAAAACAGUAUAGCAACUAGAAGCAAUUCUGAGAGAACACUUCUCAUAGGCACAUGAUAGAAAGCAUCUGUAUAAAAUCCUAAUUGCAAUGAAUGAUUAGCUGGUUAGAAUGAUAAACAAUAGUCCAUUUGUUCUCUAUUGUCUUCAUUGAGGCUCAUUGUACUUUUACAGUAGUUUGUGGGAAUACUAGCUGUCACCCAGUUCCCAUCCAUUCUAAUUGUUCAAGAAUUGAACAACAUAUUGGAAGCAGGAAAAGUUUGGCUUAUUUAAAAUAUUUAUAUUCUUCUUAACAGUCUCCAAGGAAGCUUACAGUAAAAGAGAAUUUAAAACACGCUAGGAUAUUUUUAUUUUAAAGUAAAAAGGCUAAGGUAAUUGAAAAAUAUAUUGUGUUCCAACUGCUGCUUUUAAAGCGUUUACAGUGAGACAUGGGGAAAUAGCCAUCAUCUGCAUUUCUAGGCUUAAUGUAAUAUUUUCUGCUUUGAUUAAAUCACACUUUGCUGUUUAAUUCCAAAUUGGCAGACUAUGGUCUGCAAACCUCAGUUUGAUCCUAGUUUAGAGGACUCACUCAAACUACAAUUUGUUAAUUUGGCGGCAAAUUGUGUCUUCAUCAAACCAGGAAAUAUUCUGUUCACCCCAAGUGCAAGAGCACAGGACUUACUCCCAAUUCUCCAAGUCAUGGCUUGGAAGAUUGAAGAACUUGCCAACUUGUUUAUGACUGAGCAAUGAUUUGAACACAGUGUUUUUAGUGAGAUCAAAUUUUAAUCACCUGAGUUGUGAUAGCAAGAGGCAAACAGAAAUAAACAGAACUAGUAGCAAAGGCAGCUACUGUACAUGUUGUCAAAUAUUUACAUUGCUGCUCAGCCCAUCUUCUGAAAGAGCUAGGCUUAACUAAUCAAAUCGGUUUGUAAUCCGUGAUAAAUCUCUGCAAGGAGUUGAUUGACUCUUUGUGAAUUCUUGUUCAUUAAUUGUCCCAGAAUAAAAAGCAGAGGGCUGUGAUGAUUACUUCAAAUAGUUCUUUACUUCAUUUUUGAAUGGUUAAAAUGGUAGUAAAAUGUUUCAGGUUGUGUUACAGGCUAGAUGACCCUUGACUUCUUUUAAUGUUUCAGUAUUUUCAUGUUUGCUCACUGGUAGGUUGUGGGAUUUCCAAGUAAUAAAAUACUGAAAACUGGUUCUCUUUUUUUCUGCUUGUGAAAGGGUACUUUUUGUCUGAAGUGACAUGCAUGACUUUUAAGAUAUCAUUUGGUGUUGUCUUUUUAGAGAGGCAGUGGUGCUUUCAUAUCUUUAAGAGCUAGAGCACUGAUGUGUUUAGCCUGUUCCUCAGUAGAUGUUUUCUUAAAUUGGGCAGAAUCUGCACAGAUGGUUAAAGGGUGAGGAGGAAGGGCAGCAGUAGCUAAAGCUGUAAUCAAUUUAGUAAUAGAAGGUUGGACAAAGUGGAUUUGGAAAAGAGAUUUGGAAAAGCAAAGGUUUUGGCAUAUGGCGGGCUGCAUUUUAAGCAUUGUAAUCAGCAUUAUUUCACACCAAAGUAGGACACCCUGUUCAGAACUUUGAAGCCACAUUUUAUGUGGUCCCUAGUGUCUUUGUGAUCCCUUUGAAGAAAUGCAGUGCAAUAGACAGGGCAGCCAUGUGUAGUCAACAAAAAAGUGGGUCUGACAACUCUAAAUAAAUUGAAAGAGGUUUCUGAAUCCUGCAGGAGUUUUCGAAGUGGGUGAACAAUUACCCUGUCCUUAUGGAGACCAUUUGAUGGGAAUGUCAUAAUGAGCUUAUUUGAUCUCUACUACCAUUUUGCAGCCUUAUUAUCAUAAUUUUCAUAUAUUAAUGCAUAAUGUAAGAUUGUUUAAGGCAUUUUUACUUGAAUGAAAAGACAGUCAUUGCUUUCAAACUUCAAGUGACUGCACCUGGUAAAGUGGGAGCAGGGUAUUGUCAAAAAAUUAUGUAACUUGGUUCAUUAAGAAAAUUCCAUUGCUGUUCUGCAGUUUAUCUGUUAAAGUUUUUUAGACAACAGGUAUCUUAAGUCAGUAAACAAUUUUGAAAAUCUGAUUGAGCCUUGAUUCUGUGUGAUGGUCUGAAGCUGAAGCUAAGAAGGCUUGGGUCUGGUCUGGUCGGGUCUGGUCUAAGAUAAGAAUGGUGAGGUAUAAAUGUAAGAAAAAUGGAUGGUUCUAACUGAGAGAAGCCAGUGAGCCAAACAAACCAAGACUAAUCCUUUCUACUUGGCUUUUUUUAUUUUAGUGGGAUGCUACUGUCAGUGACAGUAUAGCACUAGUAAGACAAUUAUGAUUGUUGAGAUUUAAAACGAAGAAAUAGGUGUAUGGUAGCAUUAACAAUGAAAAAUGUAUAAUCAUGAAUAUGCUUAAUGAUUAUAUUUUAUGCUGACCUUUCAUAAUUACUAACCAAAGAAAUGAUUAAGGAGUCAAUUUUGUAACACCCAUGGAGCCUAGUUGGAGAUCUAGUGAUGCGUCCAUAGAAGUAUUUUAUUACAAAGUAUUUUCAAGUUAUGGCAGAGAAGCAAAUAAAAGCAUGGGGAACUGCUAGAAAGACUCAUUUUGUAGAAAAGUAUCCUUAGAAGUUUCAGCCAUGCUGUCUCCUCCCUCUUUAAUUUUGCAGCCUUAGAGGUAGGGCAUGUCUUCAGUAAUUCUUUAGUGGUUUGUUCUUGCAAACUAUAGUUUUGAAGACGGGUUAAUUUAACCCCUAUUUUCUGCAAGAGCUUCAAUAAUAUAAUCUAUCAUGGGACUAGAUUAAAGUGUGAUCUUAACCCAAUGAUGUUAAUCCCACAUUAGUUUAACAUCCGGAGUUGUUCUUGUAAGCUCACAUUUUUGGAAGCCUUCAGUUACAACUUUCUUUCUCUUCAGCUCCCUCUUCAGUUUGGGAUUCCUGAUCUAAAUAACAACGUUCACCUGUAGGGUAUGUGUGUGUGUGUAUAUUGUCUUUUUUUCUCUUGUGGGUAUAUAAUGCAUGUUCUGGAUGAGUGAGAGACUUAGUCUCAGUCAGCACCAGUUGUUAGGGCAUCUUGGAUAGAAAUACCUUUGACUCAAAUUCUCAGAUGAGGUAGUAAAGCUGUACCUGAACCAUACCACUUCUAGUUACAUGAGUCCCAACUGGAAUCUCAGUUCUCCUCCAUACUCCCCAUCCCCCACACAUAGAAAACUGGCUAAAUCAGAACACUUGUCUCUGAAGUACCUGAUUUUGCUUUACAUACAAGGAAUCUCUUCUUUGGACGAGCUUUCAGGCAUGUGAGCUCUCACCUGCAGUCUCAGGGUUUUAUGGUGUUACUGAUUUAGUAUACAAAUCAAGUUGAAGCAAGCCUUUCUGCUCCACUGUGCAAGGAGAGAAAGGGACUCUUUGAGGAGGCAUGCAGGAUGCAGCAGAGAAUCUUAACUGAGGCCAUAAUACUGUAUUUUUCGCCCUAUAGGACGUACCGUCCCAUAAGGCGCACCUAGUUUUUUGGGGGGGAAAUAAAGGGAAAAAAAUUAUUUCCCCCCCUGGCGCGGGGCUGGGGCAGGGGAAGCCCGAGCUUCCCCCGACCCCAGCCCCCAGAACAGGCAACUCUUCACAAGCCAUGGGAGUCUGGCGCCGGGCUCCCGCGCCUUGCGGAGAGCUGCGCGAAGCCUGGGCGCACUGAGUUCAGCAUGCCCAGGCUUUAGCAUGCAGGCAACUCUCCGCAAGCCGUGGGAGCCCGGUGCGGGCUCCCGCGGCUUGCGGAGAGCUGCGCGAAGCCUGGAGAGCGAGAGGGGUUGGUGCGCACCAACCCCUCUCGCUCUCCAGGCUUCAGCGAAAGCCUGCAUUUGCCCCAUAGGACGCACACACAUUUCCCCUUCAUUUUUGGAGGGAAAAAAGUGCGUCCUAUAGGGCGAAAAAUACGGUAUAUCCUGCUGCCAUGAUGUCAUGCAGCACAAACAGAACUCAGGAUGAAAGUGGGCAAAUGGAAUCGCUCACUUAUUUUAACCAAAGACACUGGUCUUCUGAUGGAGGCAGAGAGUGAUGACAUUGUACAUCCUAGCCCGGUGUGGCCUGUCAUUUAAGCAAGGUGGAGCCAAUUGUUUCAGGUGCUCCCACAUUGCUUUGCUGCCAAUCCCGCCAGGGCCUUGCCCGCACCGCCAGCACAGCCACUGCUGCUGCAUUGUGGCAGUAGUGCUGGUGUAGUGGCAGGUGAGGGUACAGUUGUGGUGAUGGGGCAGGCGGCAGUAUGGGGGCAUGGUGGGGACCUGGAUUUGCAGGGGGAGGGCAUAGAGGGGGCAUUUUGGCUGCGGCGGCAAAUGUCUUGGGCCAACCUUCAUAUAUAUUUUGUGAAGUAAUUAUUAUUAUUUGUUAAAUUUGUAUACAAUAUACAAAGCACAUAAUAUAUAAUAAAAAUAAUUAAAGCACAAAACACGUAAGAAAAAUAAUCAAAACAUAAAAAAUCAAUACAAUUAACAAUAUAAAUGUAUACACACUAAUAAACAAUACACUCCCCAACAAGUGCUCCUAAAGAAUACUCCAGCUCACAAAUACAAAAAUCCAAAUUAACAGAUAUAAUUUAACAACACUUUAAAACAACCCCAGCCUCCAGAUAAAACAGCACCCACCAAAGUUAAAACCCUAUCUCUGUUAAAACAGUAAUUUUCACACAAGGGGGCUGUCCCACGCCCUCGUUUCACCCCCCCCCCAAAGUGCUGCUACCAAAGGGAUGAAACCUCUUAACUAUCUGUCCAAUUUAAAAAGAAGUCUACUGAAGCUAAACACAUCUUCAGGCAGUGAUCUAGCUCUUAAAUAUAUGAAAGCAUCAUCACCUCUCUUAAAAGACAACACUAAAUAAUAUCUUUUCUGUUCUUAAAAGUCUAAACAGCAGUAAUGUUAGCUCAGUGUCUGUCUCUUGAUAGUUUGAUUACUGUACAAAGUGAAUUUGUGUGUGUGUGUGUGUGUGUGUGUGUGUGUGUGAAUGAAGCUAUUACAUAGCAUUGUAGUUUGGGAAACUUGCCUGCAUCAGUAAUCAAACACCUCAUAAUCAGAUUGAGAAAAGAUAAAAAUAUUCAAAUACAUAACAGCUGCUUAAAAUUUAAAAGAACUCUGCAAACUAUUGUUUGUCACCUCUGCCAGAAUAAUAAAAUGUCAGAAUACUGAAAUUGCUGUAACUUCCUCAUUUCCCACAUACUAUUCCCUCGCAGUCACAACUAAAUCAGAUUAUUUCCAUUUCUGGUACUUUCUCACACCCCCACCUUCUUAAAGGUGUGUGUGUUUGUGUGCUGCUGCUACUACUUUUCCUGUUUCUUGAUACAUUCUUCCGUUUUGGUGUUGAUAGGUACAUCCUGCUUCCUGUUUGCUGAUGCUCUGACAACUGGCCCAUGUGUUAAACGUUCAAGAGCGAGAAGGGACUACAGGCACUAUUUUUCUUUUGAAACAGAAGCUUCUUUAGAUUUGUCAUCUUCAGUUUCUGCAGUUAGAGAAAGAUUAAUGUAAUUAACGGCUUAUCAAGAGGAUAUCCAAUUAUUUUGGGUUCAUGUGUCCUGCAGUUUUCCUCACCAUAUGGUAAAAUAUAGUGGGUCUGGACCAAGAGUGUUUGAAGACCCCCUUCUCCCAAAUUGACCAGCCUUUUCAUUCAGAUAAUUGUUGGACUGUUUCUUUUCUGGGGUACCCCCAUCUCAGAGCAAAGAAACAUGGUCCCCACAGAGGUCUAAUUAGUGCCUUCGUUACAUUCAGGCACCAGGCAAGACCUUUAUAUUUCCUUUUACCAGUUUGUUCUGCUCUAGUUGAUGAGCUGUUUUGAGCAUGUUUUGUGGAAAAGUGGGUUGUAAAUAAAUAAUGCUUGACUACUUUUUGCUAGUUUCUCGCAUAUAUAAAUAUAAUAAUAGCUGUCUCACCUUAAUGUACAGUGUGACCUAGCUUUGGAUAAACAGAUUAAAAGCUGACUAAUGUUUGGAUGAGAUGACAGCCAAAGUGUUGUAAGACACAGCCUUUGUGAAAUUAUUAGGUGCUGCGACUUGUGUUCUUCACUGCUGCUAUGAGCACAAGACUGUAAGAAAGUGAGAGUAUGUAUUUUCAGUUAGGGAAGAAAUUAUAUAUGCACAUUUUAUUGUAGGUCACUUGCAAUUCUAGAAUAGAUUUAGGAAUGAAGUAGAGGUUUCUUGAUUCAAAGUGCUGCCUUCUCUACUACCAAAACCAUUUUUGGUUAUAAGUAAAAAAAAAUUGACGUAACUACUUUCAAGCUUAAGCUAAUGUUGCUUGUAUGACUUGCAAGAGAUGAAAAGCAGCAGAGACAAAAAUGUGAUGUCUGUUUUCGGCUUUUGGGAAGAGGGCCUUUUUAUCAAAGAAAAUUUGCCACUUUUCCUUGUGCUCGUCUUUGUUGCUGAGAUUAAUUUACCAAAUAAGUCUUGCCACUUGGCUCUUGUGAGUGAACAGUUCUUUUAAACAGCUAUCUGCUGUGCUUAUCACACAGACACAAAAACCUGGUUCUGACUAAUCCCAGCUCGGAUUAUGACUUUCUCCCUGUUGGGCACCACCAGCCUCAAAGUAGUGGGAUGCAGUGUUCAUCACUUCCUGUUCAACAGAUGUUUCAAAAUGCUUCUGUGCUGUUUUCAAAAAGUUGCUUUCAACCUGCAUAUGAUUGCAGUAAAAGGAAGGGGGAAGAGAGUGCAGUGUUUGUACAGAAACAUUUCAGUUGAAGUUCCUUAUACGAAAAGUUGUCCAGCAGAUGGUUACACCUCUGUUUGUUUUGCAGCUUGGUCAAGUACUUGUUUUGGUACUCGGGCCUCGCUUUGGCACGUAGUAUAUGUGGCCUCAAACUUGUUUCUGGGCUGUACCUUCUCAGUCUUCAGGUGUGAGCUUAUAUGAUUCAUUGCAACUAUGUAGAAAAUCAGGGUGUAAGGGAGAAACUGCUGAGCCUAGUCUCCCUAAUAUGCUGAUUUUUAUGUGCACUAAAGAUUUUUUGUUGUGCAGAGAAGCAUUGUGAGCCCUUGCUGGCAGUUUGCAGUGAUGUCUGCUUUAUUAUUUUAUUCUGCUGUAAGGCUAGAUUUAAACUGGCCCUCUGGUUUUGAUACAUGCUGUGUGAAUUGUGGUGAUACUAACAAAGAAAGCUUAGGUAGGUAGUAGGUAGUUGUGUUGGUCUGACGCAGUCGAAAUAAAUAAAAAUAUUGUCCGGUAGCACCUUAGAGACCAACUAAGUUUGUUCUGGAUAUAAGCUUUCGUGUGCAUGCACACUUCUUCAGAUACCUUCAGAAAGCUCAGCCACCCUUGCGUUCUUACCUAGCCAUUCAUCAGAUUUUUCUAAGCAGAGACGAGGCUGGUGGGAACUUCCCCAAACUUGCUGUGACUUCAAGGGCAAAGUCACUCACAUCUGGGCUGAUCUUGAUACAACAAUUGGUGCUCGUCUUAUAGAGAAGGUGUCUAGUUCACAGAUGAUUUUCGGUGUGUGCUUACAUUAGUUCCUUUAUAUCUGACCUGGUUGUGUCGUGACUCUUUCGUUUUCUCUUUAGGAGCUAAAGCAGCCUCCCUUGUCAACUCACAGACCUGUCAGGCUAAUAAUACUUUUUAUGGGUCUGAGAGCAGCUUCCUUUAAAUGUUCUGAGCUUAAUUUCUAUCCACAUGGAGCUUCCCACUGUGCAGGAUGUGUGCAAAAGAAAGGAGAGAUUUCUUCAUAACAAAACUAUCCCUCCCCCCAAUGCCACAUCAGUGAAAAUGGGCACAUAAUCCGUUUUGUUGGUGUUAUAAACUAUAAUGUAUUUUUAAAACAUAAAUAUGUUAGUUGGAAACUUGGCAUCCCCAAUUUCACAUAUGUGCCUUGAUAUGAUGGGGAAGCAUCAGGUGGAGAGAUAAUAGGCCUCAGAGCUUGACUGCGAUGGUGACAUAAACAAUAUAUUCUUAUAUAGUUGCACAUCUGAUCAUAAAGUUGAAAAAGUAGUGUUUUGUUUACAGAUUUGCAUUUUUUAAAGGGGGGAACCAUCAAUAAAGUACACUUAAUACGGUUUGAAUGUUAUGGUCAAAUAUACUCAAAGCUUUAGUUGGAAAUAAUUUUAUUGGAAUAUUUGUAAAAUAUGACAAUUUAUAGGAUGCACUUCUUUUGUAUUAUUUACAUUUUAAGGGGAGAAAGGAAGGUACAGUACUCACUUUUGCAAGCUCCAGUGAACUAUGCAUUAAGCAUGUGAACAUUUCCUAGGUUUAGUUUAUCUGAAAUGGAACUAAUUACAACGUUGAAACUGCUGGAUUUGACUAGAAAUGUGAAGACCUGGAGGGGAAUGGAAAAGUGGGAGCGGGGUACAGACUUACACAUCUCUGGAUUUGACUGGUAUUAUAUCCAUUCAUUAUGUUGUUGAUUAAUUUUAUGAAACAACAUAUUUUUAGGAAUAGUUAUUUGUGUGUGUGCGCCCCCCCCCCAAAUACAGAGUAUCAGAAAAAAUUCCAGUAUGAAAACUUUUUUAUUGCACAUUACUGUGUUGGGAAAGGUUCAUGUAGGGUUCCUGUCUAAUCAGAAAGAUGAAUUUAGUGAGGAGGUUUCUAGUUUCUUUCCAGACCUUCCACUAGAUGACCCAAAAUACUUGGGAUUCUCGAUUACCAGUAAUUUAAGACUCACAACAGUUUAUACCGAAUGGAUUUUUAUUUAUAGAUGAUUAAGAUUAAUGUCAAAACAUUACUUGCAUACAGCUGUUUUUUAGGCACUGGAAAAUGUUUGUCUCAGUUGUAGCAUUUGAAAAGCAGAUACAGUUUUGAAUCAAGCCAAGAUACUUGUAGCUAGCCAUGCUCCUUUAGUUCCAGCUUAAAUUUACCGUGUAUUCUUCAGUAUGAAGGUGACCUUUUUGACUUGCCGUGUCUAAAUUUAAACUUUGGGGAAACUAUCUAGUACUUUAUUCUUUGGAUGGUCUCUUAGACUUGGUUUUCUGAAAGCUUGCGCUGCAUUGUUAAUUCAUGUCUCAACAUUGAUUUAUCUUGUACUGAACCAGUAAGCUGGCACCAGUCCAGUUUUUUUGGUAGAAGCCUACUAAUUGUCGUAUCAGAAAUUGAACAUGGGAGGGAGGGAGGGUUGUCUUUAAUGAAAUCUAUUUGUUAAGAAUGAUACCAGCAAGAAGGAUGGAGUUCUUAAAAGAACAUUAGACUUCAGUCCACCAAUGCUUCUUUUCAAUGGAUACUGUUCUCUUAAAGACAUUACGUAGGGUCUACAGUGCAGCAAGGCAAUUUGAUGACCUUGCUGUGUCACCAUAUAUUGCUGUAUAGAACCAUUGUAUAAUGUUAGGCAAUAAAAUUCCAGUGUCAUCUGCAGCCUGUCUGAUCAUUUACAGUUUUAUGCAUCUACAUGUUUGAGGAAAUGUAGGACUAUAAAGCAAGUUUCUUUAGUUUUUGAUACCUGAAGCAUACUCUUUUUUUUAAUGGUGGUCGUGUCUAGAUUAAAUUUGGAGGCACGCUCAGCUCCCCAGCACAAUAGGCAAGGCAUCACCCUUGCAGCUGUGGUAUAGCACAGUUGAUUUCCUUCCAUAGCUCAGGGAUGGGAUCCUGUUUUGAGGGUAAAAGCAAUGCUUCUUGGAUUCCUGCUUACCUGUCAACUGUAUCGUGGACUGCAUCAGAGACUUCUAGUGCAUCCUUACUCCUUGCAUUGGGAUAGUGUUAAUUCUUAUGUUUUGAUGGGGAAAGCUGGAAACUGAACACGGCUAAUUUGUUUAAAGCAUAGUUUUGCUUCGUUUUUAAAGACACACUUAAAGUAAAGGUAAAGGGACCCCUGAGCAUUAGGUCCAGUCGUGACCGACUCUGGGGUUGCGGCGCUCAUCUCGCUUUAUUGGCCAAGGGAUCCGGCGUACAACUUCUGGGUCAUGUGGCCAGCAUGACUAAGCCGCUUCUGGCGAACCAGAGCAGCGCACGGAAACGCCGUUUACCUUCCCGGCAGAGCAGUACCCAUUUAUCUACUUGCACUUUGGCGUGCUUUCCAACUGCUAGGUUGGCAGGAGCAGGGACCGAGCAACGGGAGCUCACCCCGUCGCGGGGAUUUCGAACCACCGACCUUCCGACCGGCAAGCCCUAGGCUCUGUGGUUUAACCCACAGCGCCACCUGCGUCCCAAAGACACACUUAAGCCCCACUAAAAAGCACACAAUUGUGCCCCUGCAUCCAGAAGCCACUGCACAGGUCAGUCCUCCUGUAAAGUAACAACGCUGGCAGAGUGCUAUGAAAGAUUUUGAUUGGGCUGCUCCCAUUGUAACUUCUUAGCCACAACACACAACAUUUUUCCAGCUAUAAUUAUAUGUUUCUAGAUAGUUCAAGUUGCUCCUCAAACCUAGAUACAUGUUAUUUAGCAUUACCGAAUGACUGUGUUCUUAUCUUUCAAGGUGAUUGCAAGGGCAAAUCAAUACAUACUCUACAUUUUACAUUCUAAAUUAUGAUAUAUGUGCAGAUGUAUAUAUUUGCUUCCUUGGAAUUAAAUAUAGUUUUCAAGUAGACAUGAAAUGUGUGUGUGUGUGUGUGUGUGAAGAUGCACUCUUCAGGAUGGAAAGGGAAUUGAAUAAUGGGGUAGUAACCAAAAGGUUAAUAAAAUGGGGAAAUGAUUUUAAAUGAGGUUGUGAUUCUUUAAAUAAAGAGAUUUGCGGGUGAGGUUGUGCUUGAGUGUAAGAAGGGGGUUGCCUGGGAGAGGGCAUUCUCUGUGGCAGCCCCUAAGUCAUGGAACUGCUGCCCCACACAAGUAUACCUGGCACCUUCAUUAUAGUGUUCCCAUCAUGUGCUGAAGACACACUUCCUUUACCCUGUCAUUUGCCACUUGAGAUGCAUAUUUUUAGAACCUGUCCUAUUCUUGUGAUGUAAUUUGCUUUAAACUUUUUAAUAGGCUGUACCCGCCCUGGGACCUUAUGGUGUAGGAUGGGUAAGAAAUUAUCUCUCUCAAAGCAGGUGGAAAUAACGCUGGGACUGAAUAUUAACAAGUUCCUGAAUACAUGCAAACCGUCCAUGACAUACAUUCAACUUUCACCCAAAAAAAGCCAUGAUUUAUCAUCUUGGGAGUAAACCACAUUUAGCCUCAGACUCAUACACUCUUCUUUCCUCCAGUGCAGCUUUUGUUUCCAUUGUUUUUAUUAACCACAGUUCAGUGUUGCAUCUGAACCCUAAACAGUGGCUUGUUUUAACUAUGUUUGAUUGAACAAGUCACCUUUGUGACCCAUGAGAAAGCUUCUGAUCUUGCAGCUGUGCCCACAAAGCAGUGAGGAGUCUGAAACAAGUUCCUUUCAUAAUGAACCAUAGUCUGUUGUGACAUUUGGACUGGCGCAAUAUAAGGCAGCACAGGGAGGAGGAAGGCAGCCAAAAGCAAUGGCCAGCCGACAUGGGGUCCUGUUGCUCCUGCAUUACCCAGACCGAUUCUUCAUUUUGAAUUGGCAGUGGCAGCAACAGCACACCUUCAAACCAGGCAGCCAUUGCUUCUGGCUGCCUUCCCCCUUCCUCUUGCUGCUCUACCUGCCAGCACCUUACCUGGGUCAACUUUUCAUCCUAAUUGACUGCAGCUGCUGCAGCAGUAGCUCCCCAGGCUAGCCAGGUAGGAGGAAGGCAGCCAAUCGUGGUGCCGGCCAUGGCAACUAGAUCCUAGGGGCCGAGGAGUCAUAGCAGCAGAGCAGGGGCUGGGGGCCUGCUGCAGCCUGUUCUGGCUCACUUGGCCUGCCCAUCCACCACCUCUUGUCAUGCUGUAGAUCACGAUGCCUUCUGUCUAACCAUGUGGAUUUCAGCAUCAUGACAUUUAGUGAAAAUGUAUAUACAGUAUAUAUGUGGUCACAUCUGCAAUUGGUGGCUUGUAUUCUGUCUAGAGGGAUGCGGGUGGCACUGUGAGUUAAACCACAGAGCCUAGGACUUGCCAAUCAGAAGGUCAGCGGUUCGAAUCCCCAUGACGGGGUGAGCUCCCGUUGCUCGGUCCCAGCUCCUGCCAACCUAGCAGUUUAAAAGCACGUCAGAGUGCAAGUAGAUAAAUAGGUACCGCUCUGGCAGGAAGGUAAACGGCGUUUCCGUGCGCUGCUCCGGUUUGCCAGAAGCGGCUUAGUCAUGCUGGCCUCAUGACCCGGAAGCUGUACGCCGGCUCCCUCAGCCAAUAAAGCGAGAUGAGCGCUGCAACUCCAGAGUCGGUCACGACUGGACCUAAUGGUCAGGGGUCCCUUUACCUUUACCUUUUAUUCUGUCUGUAUAGAAUUGCCCUCUUCAACAUGUGAACAGACCUUCAACUUAGAGAUGUUUAAUGUAUUGAAGAGAUCCUCAUUAAACUGCUAUACUUCAUGAGUAGCGGCUAAGAAUAUGUCAAAAGUCUAUGAGUUUUUUGGUUAGCUGGCUAAGGCUCUUGGCUCUUCCCCUGCCGUUCCUGUUGCUACUGUGAAUAACUCAUGCAUCUUUGCUAAUGAGCCCUCACAUUUAUCCAUGUGUAACAUUGGCUGCCAUAUGACACAGCUCACAUGGAAAUGCCAUAUUAAUUUCAUAUGACUGGUUUUUAACAGUGCACACGUACAGUCAUGAGCAAAGCGGAAGAUGAUAUGGUAAUCAGGACUGGAUUGCUAGCAGUUACUGGAAGCAGCAGAAAUUUGGUGCAGCUGACGUCUCAAGGGUUAUCAUUGGUUGGACAUAACCUACCCAACAAUUUGAUUAUGAAAUACUGCCCUGCAUGUUUACAUAGAUACCCUGAACUUCCUCUCUUAGAAUCUUUGUUCUCCGAAAAGUUUGCCUCAUUCAUUUAUGAAUACAGUUGAUCUCAUGAGUCACUUCUAAGUAGAUUGGACAUAGCAGUGGGUGAUUCAAGUCCAUCCAUAUGCUUAAAAAAAUCCUGUUGCACUUGCACACACAUUGAGGUCCUGGGUUAUUUUCAUGGUGUAACAAUUCCUUUUCUGUAGAAUUCUUAGCAGUAGCAGAGACUGACUUUAAGCCUGUUCCCUAAAAUCAUGAGCGCACUCAGUUUUACCAAAUCUUGUAAGCCAGCUGAGACGUCUAAUUCACUCCUCGGCAUAACUGUCUCGCAACAUUUAUUUAUUUAGUUCAGCUUAUUUUAGCCAGCUUGGCUCAGUACUUUCCCCUUGCUUGAAAAAGAAACUUACUUAAGCUGUUGACAGGGAGCCUGUACUAAAGGGGAAAAAUGAAGGAUGAUUCAACUGUUGUAAGGGAGAGGGGUUUGCUGGAAUUUUGCAAAGAACGGGAGGGAGAGAGAGAAUCCUGGAAAGUACUAGGACCCAAGACCAGUUCUAGUAUAGACCACACAGGCUUUCUUUCCUGUAACUGUUUCUCUUGUGGCAUUUAUGUGUUUUUGGGGUGGGGGUAGUUCCAUGAAAAUAUCAACUUACAGGCUCAUUUCUAAUUUGCAUAUAUAGUUAACAUGUUCCUCAUCAUUUAAAAGAUAAUUUCCCAAAGUUUCAUUAUCUGGGAACAGUUUUCCAAAAUGGCAUUUUACAUAUGAGUAAAAUAAAUGUGGAUCUCUCUCAUAGACUCAUAGUCUCAUAGAAUUGUCGACCUGGCAGUGAAUUGUCAGAUGUUAUAUUGAUCAUGUUACAUUGGUCACAGAUCAUUUGCCAGAAAACCUUUGCUCCACCAUUUCUAAUAAACACUACUGUUUGAUAUUUACCCAUGAAACAUUUGGUUUUUAUGUAUUUUGCUGCAGAUUGAUUUUAGAAAUCCAUUCCUAUAGAGAAAAUGCAUAGCCAAGUUACAGAUACUUGAGGCUGAAAACCUGUUAAAUUAGUCACAUAUUUUAAAGCACAAUAAAAAUAAAGCACUUAAACAAUCUGUUGCAUACUUCUUGAUUAUUUUUGUAUGGAAGAUGAAGGCAGUCAACAAAUAAUUUCAUAUUAAUUUCAGUUAAAUAAUUUUAACUAAAACACAAUAUAUGAUUUAAAGAAACUUACAAAUGUUACAUCAGGCAUAGGCAAACUCCAGCCCUCCAGAUGUUUGGGACUACAAUUCCCACCAUCCCUGACUACUGGUCCUGUUAACUAGGGAUUAUGGGAAUUGUAGUCCCAAACAUCUGGAGGGCUGGAGUUUGCCUAUGCCUGUGUUACAUUAUUCAACAUGGAAUCACCUGGGGGUAGAACAUCACUUCCGGCCUUCUUCCUAAAUUAGGCUUUAAAACUUUGGGCCACGCCCCUUCCUUUGUCAUUAAAUCAGCCUGAAAUUAGGUGUGGGCUGGAAGAUGUGGGUCAAUUAGUGGUUAUUAACCAAGAUAACUAAAGGAAACAUCAGGUUCAAAGGGCUUGGCCUCCCCCCCCCCAUGCCAGUAUUACCUUUACCUCUUUUUAAAUCAAUAGGAAUUGGAUGCAGGUAGCUCUCUGCUGGGUUGCAGGUUAAGUCCUUUUAUUUCAUAGAAUCAUAGAAUCAUAGAGUUGGAAGAGACCACAAGGGCCAUUGAGUCCAACCCCCUGCCAAGCAGGAAACACCAUCAGAGCACUCCUGACAACUAGCAAGAACAUGCAUUUGUUAGGUGUGGCUGCUGGUUUCCCAAAUUUUGGUCAGCCGCUGUCUCGCUAACGUAUAACUUACCUCGCAGGGCUGUUGUGAGGAGAUAAUGUGGAGGGGGAAGAACUGUAUAUGCCACCCUCCUGGAAGAAAAAGGUGGGAUAUGUAUAAACGUAAUAACUCAAUAAAUACAUCAUCAACUGAUAAAAAAAAAAAAAAAAAAGAGCACUCCUGACAUAUGGUUGUCAAGCCUCUGCUUAAAGACCUCCAAAGAAGGAGACUCUCACAAAGAAGGAGACUUUCACUUGAUAUUCAUCCAUAAUUCACUUUAAAACAUUCUUGAGGAAAAUCUUUGAGAUUAAGCACAUACUGUUAAUGAAGAAAUAAUUGUGUUGCUAUACAGGAGGAAUUUUGCGAGUGGAGUUGCUAUGAAUUCAGCGACACAUGACUUGCUUUCUGCUGUAGCAGUAAAAAUUGGAAGCCUAUUAAAAAUAGUCUUUUCCAUAUAAGGACCACUGUUCAUGCUUGCCUGCUCUCGUGAUAGCAGACAGAACAACCGUACAGCUCCGCAGAGUCCCUCUUUUUGCUUAUUUUAACCAGCAGGGAUACUUUUAUUCUAUAAAAAGGAAUAGCAUUUCCAGAGUUCUUUUGGGAAGUUUGCCCUUUCUAAUAUGUUGUAUUAAUAUAGGUGGUCUGGCAUGUUAGUCUAAAACAACAUUGCAAAGUUAAGCUACUGCUUUGCUUCAGAUUGCCCCAUGCAGUGUGUGACUUGUGUACAGGUCUAAGGAAUAAAUAGUCAUGACUGCUUAGUCAGGCCUUCAGGUCCACUUGAUUUUUCAGGCAUUGGUCAGAAGUGGGCUAGGUGAAACUGGACCUUUUGGCUUCCUUAAUAUAUUUGCCACAUGGAAACAUUAUGAGUUGGUCUUACACUGGAAGUGUGGUUUUUGUACUCAGGUUUCCCAGUUUAUGGCCUGUCGGCAGAUUUCUUCUUGAGUUUGCAAACUUGUCACAAAUAGGAUUUUGGUAAAAGCAUCUUAAUUUUUGCACUUUAUGUUUCUGAAGUCCAUCUGUGUGCUGGGAGUUCUUGCUGAGAAUUUCAUUUCACAGAGCAGGGUAACGGUGCUAGAUAUAUGCACUUAUAUGUCUGCUAUGACAACUGGCCGUUGAUUAUUCAUAAUAUAAUAUAAUAUAAUAUAAUAUAAUAUAAUAUAAUAAUAAUAUAAUAAUAUAAUACAAUACAUUUCUAUACUGCUUCUUGAAUCUAAAAGAGUUCCCAAGAUAUUUAUUUAUUUAAUUAAUUUGUUAGCUGCCAUUCUGAAUACAAUAUUUUCCCGCUGCAACUGAAUCACAGCUGUGAUAACAAGUAGUAACGCAUUUCAGAUCAAUUGAUCAAAGCCAGCCAUACCAUUAUAAGAACAAAAAAUGUAGGCUACGAUGGUUAUUUGAUUUAAAAUAAUCUUCCAUUCUUUGUUUUGAAAAAUAAAUGAUAAAUAACAAAAACAUUCCAUCCAGUUCUCCCAGUGACUGCCUUCAUUUCGUGAUAAGAGUACCAGUAAUUUAAAAGUUGCACAAUAUUAAUACACUACUGGCAUGGUGUUAUAUUUAUAAUAUUCAGCCCCAAUGUUAAUUUAUUUUCUGCCCUUUGGUUCUUUGUUUUGCCCUCAGCACUUGCCCUACAACUGUGAAUGCAGACAAGCUAGGAAUGAAGAGAGUUGAAAACUCCUUCUUAAGCCAUGCCUUGUGGGCAGGAGAGAUGGUAUUGUUUCACAGGGGUUGUUGUUGCAAUUUUAAAAUAAACCAAGUUCAAAAAAUGCUCCUGCCGUAGUCUGCAAGGAGGAAGGCAUGAGAUCAUCCUGCCCUCCUGUUUCAGGAAAUCCUCCAAGCAUGGAACUAGCAGUAUUUAUUACAAACCUUAUUUAAGUGCUUGAAGAGGAAAACAUGCAGUCACAUCAAAUGCUUCCCUGAUUGAGCCUGAGAUUUGUUAAGAGGCUGAUGGUUUAAGGGAUUUUAUGAUGUUGUUAAUUAUGUUACAUGCAAAAACAAGGUAAUGGAAAAACAUAAUAAACUGAAGCAUUAAAACAAUUACCGUAAGUUACAUAAACCGUUUCUGAUGGACAGUAUAGCAAUCUUUCAGAUAUGUUGUUGUUUAGUCGUGUCCGAUUCUUCGUGACCCCCUGGACCAGAGCCCGCCAGGCACUCCUGUCUUCCACUGCCUCCCGCAGUUUGGUCAAACUCAUGUUCAUAGCUUCGAGAACACUGUCCAACCAUCUCGUCCUCUGUCGUCCCCUUCUAUUAUAGAUAUAGAUACACACAGAGACACAGAGUGGGGAAAAUAUUUAAUUCCGUUUCACUGGCCUGCCAUAUCAAGUUCCCAAGAUCAGUGGCCGGUGUGAUUGGGUUUUUGUUGCAGAAUCCAAGCAAAAGCUGCUUUGUAGGCUUACUGGAGGAGUAAGAGCAGGCUUCCUCAAACUCGGCCCCCCAGAUAUUUUUUGGCCUACAGCUCCCAUGAUCCCUAUCUAGCAGGACCAGUGGUCAAGGAUGAUGGGAAUUGUAGUCUCAAAAUAUCUGGAGAGCUGAGUUUGAGGAAGCCUUCUCUUACUCCUCCAGUGUUGGUUUUUUAAAAAACUCUGUAACAUACUUCAAACACCUUUGCCAUUGCUCUACUUUUUAAAAUGAUUUCCCCAUGCAGUAUUUAAGGCUGAUGUUAGGGAGAAAGGAAUUCAGCGCACCCUUGGACACAUUAACCUGGUGAACAGAUCUGGGACAUGGAUGAGGGACAAGGGCUGAAGCAUCGGGCAGGUUUAAUUAUUUAAUACCACAAGAAUAAGGAUCCACAGUGCUUUAAAGAGUUUCAGAAGUGGGGGGGGGGGGAGGGCAGGUCCAUGUCUGCAAAAGGGUUAUAAUUUAAAACAAGAAAAUGGGUAGGUAGCAUAGCAAAAAGGUGGGGGCGGAGGUAGCAAGGGACGAAAGAGGAAUUGAGCUCCACAAAUCUAAUGCAUGUACUUCACAGAUUUCCUCAUAAAAUUAGGAUGUUUUUGUAGAAAUGCAGCAAAUGCAGUUGAAUUGUUUUUUAAAGGUGACUGCAUCAAAUCAGUCUAGUUUGGGAUUAAUUCAUUAAAUAUUUGUGUAUAUAUAGUAUAUUAAAGGUUUUUGGGGUUGUUGUUUUUUUAACACAGACAGUUGGCUAGAGACAUUUUCUUCUUUUCUUUUACCCAUAUGAUAUUCCCUCCAUGGAUACUGCCGCCCCAUUUUUCCCCAGUAAGGCUUAAGUUUUCCUGUAGACUUGUGGAAACAAGUACCGUAUUUUUUGCCCUAUAGGACGCACCUUUUCCCCUCCAAAAAUGAAGGGGAAAUGUGUGUGCGUCCUAUGGGGCGAAUGCAGGCUUUCGCUGAAGCCUGGAGAGCGAGAGGGGUCGGUGCACACCGACCGCUCUUGCUCUCCAGGCUUCAGGAAGCUAUCCGCAAGCCGUGGGAGCCCGGCGCGAAGUUGCGCAGCUCUCCCACGGCUUGCGGAGAGCUGCCUGCAUCCUGAAGCCUGGGGUGUGCCCUAUGGGCCGGUGCACCCCAUGGGGCGAAAAAUACGGUAAUUCUGAUUCCUGAAUGCCAGUCCAGAAGAGCAGUUACACUCAUUCCCAAAUCAGCACCAGUGUGAUUUUCAUUUGAGCGCCCUUCUUUCAUUUUAUAGAAAAUUAUAUGCUGCGUAAAACUUGGUCGUUGAUUUUUUUUUUUUUUUACGUUAAAACAUCCCAAAUGUUUGAGGCACGGUGAAGAACCUGCACAGAGACCUGCACAGUCUCCUCCUCCCACCAAACUUCCCGGGAAGGCAGGGAAUUUCCAUCUCUGAGCUCACUUUAUUGAAGGUAGAGACUUCAGGGAAGAAAAUGGGCAGCUGCAAAAGGUGUGUGUGGAGGCUGUACAUGCACAAGGUGCUGCACUGUUGUUUUUUGUUGUUUUCCACUACUGCUCUCAGAUUCCUCUUCCUAAACCCCCAUUCACAAAAACAGAUUUCAUUUGUAAUUGUUUUGGCUUGGCAAUUGUUUUUUUAAAACUGGUCACUGCGAUUGCAAAAUCUGAUAGUUCUGGGGAAAGGAGUUGAGCUUGCUUGACUUCAAAAGAGCUUGGCAAGUGGCACCGCUAGAGAAACCUUUUCCUUUUAUUGUCCCUUUUAGCUGCUAUUUACAGAAUAACUUAUUUUGAGCCACACAUAGCUAAUAAUUUCCAGAAGGGUUGGCCGUGUUAGUCUGUCAAUCAGUGGCAGUCUAUUGCAUCAAAACCAUGAGCCUGAUGGCACCAUAAAAGUAUAGCAAAUUUAUUAGGACGUAAGCUUUCGUGGACUAGAAUCCAUAUCCUGCAUUUUAAUUGUUUUAAUGUUUUAAUGUUGUAUUUUAAUCUUGUUUUCAAGUUGUAUUCAUUCAACUCGUUUUUAUUAUUGGUUGUUAGCUGCCCUGAGCCCGGCCUUGGCUGGGGAGGGUGGGGUAUAAAUAAAAUUUAUUAUUAUUAUCAUCCUAUAUCCACAUGUCCUACAUUUACAGAUAAUGGUCACCUGCUUUUUUCCCUGAUUCAUUCAGUCUCAUGUUAUGUAUUGUUUCUGUUUCAGAUUUAUCUCGGAACAGACUCUCGGAGCUGCCAGCAGAAACUUGUCUCUUUGUUUCCCUUGAGAGCCUUAAUUUGUACCAGAAUUGCAUUCGCUAUAUUCCAGAAGCCAUUCUGAACCUGCAGUCCUUAACGUUCCUGAAUAUCAGGUAACCGUGAUGUAAAAGUAGCAGCGCCCAACAUUAUGCAACUCUUGAAAAGCUCAAGCCAAAGGGACGCAGUGCAGGGGAAAGCGUCUGUGGGGAAAGCAAGCUAUUCUUCACAUUUCUACCAUUCAGUGCUGGGGCCAGACUUGAAUAAAAACACUGGCUGUGAUUCAAAGAAUUCUGCGUGCAUGUUGGGAGUCUCUGGGUUUCCUGUUCUGACAGCAUCUCCUUGUACUCAGUUCGAAAGCGUGCCACUGCAAGUAGAUAAAUAGGUACCGCUGUGGCGGGAAGGUAAAUGGUGUUUCUAUGUGCUCUGGUUUCCGUCACGGUGUUCCGUUGCCCCAGAAGCAGUUUAGUCCUGCUGGCCACAUGACCCAGAAAGCUGUCUAUGGACAAACACUGGCUCCCUCGGCCUGAAAGCGAGAUGAGCACCGCAACCCCAUAGUUGCCUUUGACUGGACUUAACCGUCCAGGGGUCCUUUACCUUUUACCGGAGGGUCCUCUGAUUUUUAAGGCCACAUUAUUUGUAGUAAAAGCUGCUUAGCAUGAAAUAUUCAAGCGUAUGGUAGUAAAAACUUGAAUUUCUGCUGACUUGAUAGUAAUAGGCUAUCUUAUUCAUUGUGUCCUUUGUGUUAAAUCAAGAAAAGUGCUUUAAGAUGUUUGUACAGAGAUAGAGAUAUUUUUAUUCAGGCACACUUUAGGUUUUAUAAGCUGACCUUGUACCCUUUGUAAAUAAGUUGCAUUCUGGUUGAUUGUUGUUUUUAUUGGAUUUAUUGAUAGGCAGUGAUAUAUUCUGUUGUUACCUUGUAUAUUUUAUUCUCUCUCGGACCACUGUUAGCUGCUUUGAGCACUGUUUGGAAAGGCAGGAUACAGAUUGAACUAGUAAAUAAAUAAAAGAGUGUAAAAAUAAGUAAUAGAGUUUGCUUUGGCACUAUCCUCUAGCCAAUUCAGUUUUGCCUAGUUUCCUUAAUUUUUUUACAGUGAGUCUUUUUUUUAUUCAAAGGAUGUGAGUCAGAGGAUAACUUCCCAUUGUUGUGCAUUUUAAAAUAUUUAUUAUGUGCUGCCAAUUUAUGUUGGACAGUCUAUGCUGCUUGAGGAGAGGAUUUUUCAGUACAAAGCUUAGGCUCCAUGCAUUAAAAAUAACCACCCUUCUCUCUAGGCAAACUAAAGUAUUUAGAAGCCACACAGAGUGGAGCAACUGCUUGUCAACAGUGUGAUCCACUGAAAGGAAAGAAACAUUGAACUGAGGGUUGAUUUUCUUUUGGAAGGAAGGUAUCCUGCCCCACCCAUCCUGCUUCUAAGUCCUUACUGUUUAAAGAAGAAGAGGAGAUACAGCGGUACCUCUGGUUACGGAUUUAAUUCGGCGCCACUUAUGCGCACGCACGUGGUGCGAUAGAGCGCUUCUGUGCAUGCGCACGGUGCACAGAGUGCUUCUGCGCAUGUGCGAGCAGCGAAACCCAGAAGUAUACACUUCUGGGUUUGCUGCGGCCAUAACCCAAAGAUUCUGUAACCUGGAGGUUAUGCAACACGAGGUACCACUGUACUACUCCAAAAUCCCACAAGCCCCCUCGACAUAAUCAAAAAACAAUGGGAGGACGACAUAAGCCAUGAAAUUAACCCUAUCCAAUGGACUAGAAUGUGGUCUAAACCUCCCUUUAAAUCCAUCUCAGCUAGAAGAAAAGAACUCACCCUGAAACUCACAGAUGGUACAUAACAUCACAGAAACUAGCACUGAUUCGCCCAGGAGCCUGACCAAAAUCCACAGGCACAUACCUCCCAUGUAGUGGGAAUGUCCCAAAAUCCAACAAGAACCCACCAACAGCAUACGAAUCAAUCUGUCUAACCUUAAGAUUGCCAUACGUCUGGGGGGAAUUUCUGAAAGGCGGUGCUUUGUUUUGGAUCUUAGGCGAUUGAAAAAUUGUGGGUUUUUUGGUGUUUUUGUAAAAGAAAGCUCAACAACUUUGGAGUUUUGGGGUCUUACUUAAAUCUUAAGACAAAUGACAAAGACAACCAACCAGACCAGCCCCAACCUCUCUCACCAAGGAAAUACAACAAGCGAAUAGAAAGAGAACCCACGCGGCGGAAAUGACUGGCAGAAUCCGAGACCAGGGAGAAGAGUCGGUGGAAGAAGAUUGGAAGAAAUUUAAAGAUUAUUUACAGAAAUAUUGCAAAAUUAAUGAAUGUUAGAAUGAUGUCAGAAUGAAGUUAAGUGGUUUAAGCAGCAAUGUUAUAAAGGUGUAUGUAAAAAUGGAUUAUUAACAGUUGAGAAUCCAAACUUAUAAUGUAUUAAGUUAAAGGAUUAAGAUAAAAACAAAGAGGGAAAGAAAUUGCUGAAUUAACUAACUGAAUUGGAAUACAAAAAAGGGAGGUGUGAGGAGGUCAGGGAAGCAAGGAAAUGAAUGUAAGGUGGAAAGAUUGAUGUAUUUUUUAUUAAGUGUUUUUUAUCUUUUUUUGUAUUUUGUAUUUUUCUUUUAUUCUUAUUUCUGGUUUUUUUCUUUUCUUUUUAUUUAUGUAUUUUUUCUUCUUUGAAACCUCAAUAAAUAUCAUUAAAAAAAAAAAAUAGAAAGAGAACCCACGCAAGUGACGCUGACACAAAACACCACACAUACACUAAUUAGAAGAAUAGAAGAUUACCACCCCACCCCAGGCUCCCUCCCCGCCCUUCCCCUCUUCCCCCCUCUUUUCUUCCCAACCUUAUACUGCAUGCAACACUAAUGUCUCACGACAAAUUAAACUGAUCUGUAGAAAACACAACCUGAAAAAGAGACAAUGCACGUAUUUUUGUAAACUAACUAAUAAAAAUCUUCUUCUUUUUCCUCUUCUUCAAAAAAGAACAAUAGUUUUAAUCAGUGAUAGUUGAAGCCCUUGGAGUGGCCCUCUAUAUUGUCCAUUUUUCCUGAUUCUGUGAGGCACUUGUGUUUCAUGGAAGUCUCCACAUUGUAGUGCUGUUUAGCAUUGCACUCCUCAUGAGAUUUGAGGUUUGUAGCAUAUUAGAAUUCUUUGCUGCCGAACAUUCCAAAACUGAGGAAUCUUCUCCCACCAGAAGGCACAAACGCCAUUUGUACUGCUUUGCCUUCAGCAGCCGGGAGGAGCAACCCACUGCAGGACUAUCUUCUUCUGUUGAAAAGAACAAACCUUCAAGGCCAGUGUUUCUUUUUCCAGCACUUGAGAUCGAGAGCUGUAAUCACCAGCCUUCCACUUGCAUCUGCUCAUUGUAAUUACUGUUUGCAAACACAGUAUGGUUAACCUACUUCAUCGUGCCUGAUUCACUUGGUUACUAUUUUUCCUUUCAUGACAACGUACCUGAAUUUGAACACAGUUUUCCGGUACAAGCCAUUCCGUUGCUCCAUUGCAGAGUUUACAUGUGGGUUGUACAUCUCUCUUGAACUGUUUAUAGUUUGCUUUGUACUUGUGUUUUCUUCUGUUUCACUGUUGGGCGUGCUCCUUUAUGUGGGAUUUAGGGUCAAGUUAAAUUAAUGCUAGAAAGUCCAGCUGCAGUUGACUGUGGUUUCCUUUUUAGAUGCUUCACUGUAUAAGAUCCUCAGGCUGCCAGUUUUAACCACAUGGUUCCCUCCUUUACCCAGACAGGCAUAAAGACUGAGAUCUUAGAUAGUACAGAUGCACUUGGUUACCCAGAUGACUUAUCUCAAAGGAGGAAGAUGAGGCAAAUAUUAGCCAGUUCCCACCAAUUUACAUCCAGCAACGCCAUAUAAAUCCUUUCCCCAUGCUACAUAAGCUUUUUCUUCAUAAUUAAUAAAAUGUGUAACAGCUGUCUUCUGAUCCGUGGAUGACCCGAGGCAAUAUUGCAACCUAUGGAUGGAGAGCCAUUGAUUCCAGACUUCAGAUUUCUAAACUGUGGAUUCCUCGAUUCCUGUCAGCUGCUGGUUUUCCCUGACUUUUAAAGUCAUAAUAAUAAUUUUAUCGACUAGGUUGUCCCAGCCACUCUGGGCAGCUCUGAACAAAGUAUUUAAAAGCACAGUAAAGCACCAACCAUUAUAAACUGGUUAUGCCAGUCUAAAGUUAUUUCUUAAGGUUAACUAUGUAACAUGAAGAGAUGGUCAUUAAUAUUCAAAGCAGAUUCACAUACCACAGCUUGAACAAGAAGAUGCAGGUGACUGCCUUUCUGGCCAUCUGAGCCUCUUUCCAAUAUAAAGCUUUCCAUUUUUCCUUUCUAAAAUCAAGGAAUUAAGGAACAUCACUAACUUUUUUCUCUGCAUGGAGGCCAAUCAGAUUCCCUCCAUACAUUUCAGGAAAAGUUACCCAGAAAAUAUGGCUAGGACUUAACUUCCCCCCCUUUUUACUUUCACACAAACUACCUUUUCCCAUUCCCUAACCUCUGCCAUAAGGUAGUCUGGACAUCAGAUGGAAAUCAGCAAAGGAAACAAGUAUUGCUCUAGGCUUUUUCCAAUGCUUUUGUUCCUCUUAAUCUUUCGUUGAAUGGCAUUGACAGAAGACUGAAGCAUUUUAACUGUAUGAUAGCUGUUUUUAUCGUGAUAACUGAGCUGUAUGGAAUUGGGAUUGAUUCUUGGUUAGCAGGGGUCUGUCAAGGAAGAAGAGCCGAUGGUGAAAUAAGUCUCAGGUGAUGUGAUGGUGGUUUUCUUUAUUCAGGGAGGCUAGUUUCGACAACUUGGUCCCAUAAGUAUGGGACUUCAAACAGCUUGUGGGUGUUUCUGUCUUCUGGCAUAGCAAGCAAAUGUGAAAAGCAAUAAACUGUUUAAUGCAUAUAAAACAGGACUCUGCAAUUCUCUGAAUCACAGCUUGGUGCAUACACUGGAAGUUCUUCUAGUAUUUCCUUUUAAUUUCAACCCCAGAAUUAAGCUCAGCUUGUCAGAAUUGGAUCCUGUACAGCCAUGAUUUUUCUUCAUAGUCAUUUGACCCUGUGGAUAUAGCAGGAGAUCCCAGCUGUUGAUUAAUGUGCCCAAACUGCCUUGUUCUUAUAUUCUGAUAACAGUGCAUUUUGAUUUUCUCACGCUGCCCAUGAACUGGUUAUAUGUUUCAUCUAAUGUUCUACUUGCCUUUUUGUGUUUGUUUCUGUGUGUGUGUGUGUUUUUCCUCGUCUUGUUGAAAAGCCGGAAUCAGCUUUCAACGUUGCCAGUUCACUUGUGCAGCCUGCCUUUGAAAGUUUUGAUAGCAAGCAAUAAUAAGCUCGUCUCACUACCUGAAGAAAUUGGGCAGCUAAGACACCUGAUGGAGCUUGUAAGUUUAUUUAAAUCCUUAAUUGUCAAUCUUUUAUCGAGGAAACAUCAGCUUUCCCCCCAAACUGAUUGUUAGGUGUGAAUCAGGGAUAUCCAGGGAUUGCCACACUCUACUAAACAUAUGUUGAGUAAUCAGGAUAAGAAUUCCAGUAUAAACAUCCUGAUACAUCUUGAAGGUUAUCCAAACACACAUUUUAACAUGAUAGUCAUGACUGCAAACGGAGCAGGGUGAAUGCUAUUUUUGUGCUCUGUUUUUAAAGCUUGACAUGCUUUCUUCAACCUUCCUAGAAAUGAGUAGGAUAGGUGCCAAAUUCUUGUGGUUUUCGUUUAGCUUUAUGGUGAGCUGCUAAAGAGUGUUGAAUUUGUUUAAACAAUGAGAUGUUGACACAUUGAGAGCCACAAGUGAUUUUUAUACACCGCUUGAUUGUAAAAAUCCUAAAAGCGGUUUACAAAAAUAUUAAAACAAUAAAUUUGAGAAAAAUUCACAAUUAAAAGUUGAACUACUGAAACAGAUUAAAAUUAACUCAAUUUUCUAAGCAUCCGGGUAGGUUGUCUAAACAAUGAUGUUUUUAGCAGGCACCGAAAAGAGUACAGUGAAGGUGCUUGCUUGAUCUCAAUAGGCAGGGAGUUCCAAAGUGCAGGUGCUGCCACACUGAACAAUUGAGUUCUUACAAAUGGGUAUUAUGUGGCACCUGUAGCAGGGCCAGUUAUGCCGAUGGAAGCGGACGAGUGGGCACAUGUAGGGAAAGGCAAUCUUGUAGAUAAACAGAUAAACUGGUUCCAAGUUGUUAAGGGAGUUGUAUACUAGUUGUAUACUAGGAGUAUACUAGUAGGAGUAUACUAGGAGUAUACAAUUCCAAGUUGUAUACUAGGAGUAACACCUUGAACUUAGCCUGGUGGCAAAUCGGCAACCAGUGCAGACCUCUGAGGUCUGGUGUUACAUGCUGACAAGGCCUCACUCGUGUCAGCAGUUGUGUUGCAGCAUUCUGCGCUGUGUGAGGGAAGCCCCACGUAGAGCGCAUUGCAGCAAUCCAUUCUUGACGGGACCAACACAUGAACUGCUACAGCCAGGCUUUCCUGGCCCUAGAAUGGCCACAGCUGUCAAACCAUCUGGAGUUGGUCAAAGGCACUUCUAGCCGCUGAGGCUGCCCGAGCCUCCAAUGGCACAGCUGGAUUCAGAAGCACCCCAAACUGCGAACUUGCUCCUUCAGGGGGAGUGCAACCCCACCCAGGGUAGGCAACUGACACGGGAGCUACUUGCCCACAGUGCCUCCAUCUUGCCAGGCUUCAAGCUCAGCUUGGUUCUCCUCAUCCAUUUCACCAAGCUAUCUGAGUGACAUUUAUUAUUUAAUCUUUCACAGUUUUGUAUUGGCAGGUGUUUUGGAAUGCAUUUUUACAAAACUCCUUAUUAGCUUUGAUGUUUUAAUAUUACAGGACUAUGCAUUUAUUUCUAUAUUCCUGAUUUGCAUUUCUGGGCUGUACGUUCUGUUGUUUCCGAAGUAUGUCUCUAGUAAAUGAUUAGCAUAUUUUGGUAGCCUCCUUCUUGCUGUUUUUAAUACACAUGUAUGCAUUCCUGACGUCUGUAAUUUGGAUAUGACAUCGGAAGGCAGCCCUGUUUAGGGAAGCUUUUAAUGUUUGAUGCAUUGCUGUAUUUUAAUAUUUUGUUGGAAGCCGCCCAGAGUGGCUGGGGAAGCACAGCUGGAUGGGCAGGGUAAAAAAUAUUAUUAUUAUUAUGUCACCUGGCUUGUUUUUCCAACUGGUAGCAGCACCUUAGAUGCUCAGAGGCUGGGUACUGAACUAUUGUACAUUCAAAGGAUGCUGUGUAUAUCAUGAGUUAUUGAUCCUCUCCAAAGAGGAGGUAUUCUGCAUGUGUACAAUGGGCUUAAAUCUCGUGACUUUUCAUUUACAAGACAAAGCUUUGAACUACAGAAAUGGUGUUUAUAUCAUGGUGCACAUCAUUAAAAUCAUUAAACCACAGCUCACUCCUCUUCAUGAUUUUCUAGGAUGUAAGCUGUAAUGAAAUACAGACAGUUCCAUCACAGAUCGGCAGUUUAUAUUCUCUACGGGACCUGAACCUCAGAAGAAAUCACCUGGUGCAUUUACCUGAAGGUGAGAAAUGCAGGGGAGAAGUUGUCUACAACCGCUCUUAUUUCCAAAAUCAAAUUGUUUGCUACACGUGAAUGUCUCAUCUUCUUCUGCAGUUAAUUGACUGCAGGUUUUUUCAUGUGUGUGUCUUUUCUCCUACAGAGCUUGCCGAGUUGCCUUUGAUUCGGUUAGAUUUCUCCUGCAAUAAAAUCACAACAAUCCCGGUUUGUUACCGUAACCUCAGGCACUUACAGACAAUCACCCUAGAUAACAACCCACUGCAGUCACCCCCUGCACAGGUAAUGUAUCAUCUAAUGUUAGAACACUAUUCUCAACCAGAAUACACUUUCUCUAAGAGUAGCAAAGAAGUCCAUGGGAGGAAAUCUUUUACUUUUUGCGUCAGGAUUGCUAGAAGACCGCCCUUGAUGUGCUCUUUGUCUUAGGAUACAAUUCACUCUGGCAAAUGAAAAAUUCUUGGAAACAAAUUACACAUGCUGUUUAAACCUUAGCGUUGGGAAGCUGACAUUCGCAUGCAUUGCUUGAGAUUUUGCUGUCUCUGUGCUGACUGAUGCACAGUGCACAAGCAAAUAAUGGUGCAGUAGAUAGUGUGUGCAAACCACUACAAAAAAACAGCUGCUUAUGUGUAUAUACACACUGCACCCUCAGUGUAAGAAUGAUGGCCAGAAAUGAUUGCUUACGCCAAAAAAGUUAGCGAUCUUAGGAAAGAUAGGACUAAGUUGCAUAGGAGAGGACAUAUAAUUCAUAUGACGUGUGUUCAUAUACAGUGGUACCUUAGGUUACAUACGCUUCAGGUUACAGACUCCGCUAACCGAGAAAUAGUACCUCGGGUUAAGAACUUUGCUUCAGGAUGAGAACAGAAAUUGUACUCCGGCGGCGCGGCAGCAGCAGGAGGCCCCAUUAGCUAAAGUGGUGCUUCAGGUUAGGAACAGUUUCAGGUUAAGAAUGGACCUCCGGAAUGAAUUAAGCACUUAACCUGAGGUACCACUGUAUUCAUUUGCUGGAGGAGAAAUACUAAGCAGACAGCUUCAUAACUGCAGAAUGGUUUAGCCCAACUUCGGAUGGGGGAGGCAGGCAAGUCACAAGAAGGCUAUAAAAUCAAUGCCAGAACAGCUGCACUGCCUGCCCAUGAACUUCCAGGAAGUAUUUAAAGGUGUUGGUUUUAUUGUGUGGAGCCAUAAAUGGCCUGGGAACAUCAUUACAUUGUGAGCCACAGACCUCGGCACCCUAGCGUGUGUGCUGUGUGUGUACUAAAAGGUUCUUGCAUAAUUUCCAGAAGACCUUUACAGUUCCUUACCUCACUCACUGAGGGCGGCAUUUCAAAUCCUUGGGCAACAGUGGUAACAGCUGAUUAUUUUAGUUCUCAUAGUGAAGGCAGUCAAAUCCUGCCCCAACUCUUAAUUGCAAGAACAGAAUUAAAAAAAAAAAACUUCCCCAAAACACCUCCCCAAGAGAAGCCUGCCGGAGCUUGAUGCUGCAGUCAUCUGAAGGAGGGAAAGUCUUGUUGUUAAAACCAACAUUGACCUAGCUCAUAUGCAACAUUCAACCAAAAUUAAUUUUUAUAUCUGGUUUAAUGUGAAUUGAGUGAGCAUGUUGGCGUACAUUGCACAGACGUUCCCAGUUUCACCCUUCCCUGGCUCUUGUGGCAAUGCCAGGUAGGAAACAAACCAAGGGCUGGCUUUCUAUUACAUGCAAACCAGCACCGGUGGUUUGCUGCUCUUCAAACAAGCCACGAGCUACAGCCAGGCUUUGUUCUUGGCUUAUUGCUCGUGGUUUGUUGAGCGAUCUAAUAAAUAGGAAGAAGAACUCGAGGUGCAAAAAUGUAGUUUGAUUAUAAGGGCAAUAGGCAUUUUGGAAAAUUCAUUCAAGGACACAGCAUAAAUAGAAUAAGGAAUAACAGAUACAGAAUUUUCUAAAAAUUAUAAUAAAAUACAAAUAAUGAAUGUAGACUAUUAGAGAAUGUAUCAUCAUAAGCUCACGGUAGCCAAAUAAAAAUGAACAAUUUUCUUUUGGUAAUGUUUACCGCAAACAUUAAAAUAUAAUGGCAUGUAUGUUAAUCUAACAACCAGAUUAAAAAUAUAUUCCUAAAUAAAAGAUAAUCCCCCCCAAAUACACCCUUUCAAAGCCUGAAUAAUAAUAAAUAGCAAUGAUAAAAAAUAUAUAACCUAAAGUUCUCUGUAAGAAUUCAGAAUUAUCAUGAUAACCAACAUAGAUAAAAUGACCAUUUUAAGCAGAAAUUCUUUCACUCGGGGGAUAUUAACUCCUGUUGCACGAAGGAUCCAAAAUGAAACUUUUUAUAUCCACUUGAACCAAUUGCCUGUGGAGACAUGUGCUGCCAAAUAGAGCAGAAUUGGAAGGGGGAAAUCAUCUUUCACCAGAUGAACUGUUAAAGCCUAGUCAAAUGAAAUGGAAAGAGAACUUUAACCCCUUGCUAGCAUAAAAGAUCCUGAACAUACAUGAAGAGGUAGAAUAAAGAAUCUGGAAACAGAUGGCGAAACAAAACAGAGAACAACGAAAGGGAACUCCUGCGAGUGCAUUCACAUCAAAGAGAGGAAAUCCAUUUUCUCAUUGAGCCCUUUUGGGAUUUGUCUGCGCAGGGCAAGGAUCCAAUACAGCUCCCUCUUUAAGAACAACCUGACAUCAUGCUGAUGGAUCAUCUCAAUGACCCACUGUGUUUUCUCUCCUAUGCCGCUUUUCAAAGCUCUUAUGAUCUGGCCAAUGCAGAUCUUUUCACAUGAGCACUUGAGGUUAUUGUGUGCAUAAACUUCAAAGGGUUUACUCUGAGUAUGGCUGGCUACAAUAUCUAUUAUACUGUUACCCUGUUUUUCCUCUAGAGUACUCAGCUUAAUUGUGGUUUGUAAACAAUCUUUUGGACUGGCAAUUUGUUCGGUGUUUAAAUUUUUUUUUUAAUAUAAAGAAAUCUAAUAUAUAAUACAUUAGUUGCAAUAGAUAGCAAUUGUUUGUGUAUCAUUUCCAAAUAUUCAUGAUGGUUUUCCCACCCCCUUUUUUAAAAAAGAUAUGCAUAAAAGGAAAAGUCCACAUAUUUAAGUAUCUGAAUAUGGAAGCAUGCAAAGUAGCGCCAGAUCUUCCAGAUUACGACAGGCGGCCAAUGGGGUUUGGUUCUUGGUAAGUGCGCACAGAUUUCAGAUUCACUGUUUCUUAAAAGAAUCUUUGUGGAUAAUUUUUACUUUUCUGUAUUAAGAUGUUAGCUGGCUUUGUUGUGGGGGCAGAGAAAUCUCAUUGUGCUGUAUGUUUAACCUUCUGUGCAUGGUUGUAUAAGAUCUCUGGUCUAACCACAGGUGUAAGUGUUGAUCUCCUUUCCCAUGAUAAAGCUGUGUUGCUCUUGGCAGAGUCUCCUUUUGGCUUAGCCGGGCAACAUUCAUCUCUGAGCGGUCAGCCGCAUCAUGAGUUGCUAAAUUAAGGUGAUGGGGGCUAGGAAUGCAGCUUGUGUUUAUAUCAUGCAGUACUGAGUAAUGCAAGUCGAUGAAGCAAGGCCCUGGAGGAAGGAGAGAGAGCAGUGAGCACGCUGAACCACAGACAGUUUAAGGCAGGGCACGGAAGUCAAUGAAACACAAGUUGGAGAACCAUAAAUGCAUAAAUAAGAAGCAGGCUAGUCUGGCUGUGGCCGGGUCUCAGUGAAAAGGGGAACUUGAGCAGCCAGCCAGAGAGUUCCUUCUCUAGUCUGGUCCCUGCAUCCAAAAAUACGUUUCAUUACACAGCCAGUGUGGGCAUUUUUGGGUAUUCCGUUUGUUUUUUCAGAGUCUCGGUUUUUAAUGUUAAAGCCUGUGUGUGUGUGUGUGUGUGUGUGUGUGUGUGUGUGUGAAUGAGAGACAGAGACAGAGAGAGAGAGAGAGAGAGAGAGAGACACAGAGAGAGAGUGAGAGAGAGACAGAGACAGAGAGAGAAAAGGGGUGGGGGUGAGUAUAUUAAUAUACAGUGGUACCUCGGGUUACAUACGCUUCAGGUUACAGACUCCACUAAUCCAGAAAUAGUGCUUCAGGUUAAGAACUUUGCUUCAGGAUAAGAACAGAAAUCGUGCUCUGGCGGCACGGCAGCAGCAGGAGGCCCCAUUAGCUAAAGCGGUGCUUCAGAUUAAGAACAGUUUCAGGUUAAGAACGGACCUCCAGAAUGAAUUAAGUACUUAACCCGAGGUACCACUGUACAUCAAAAUUGCCAGUAGGUUUUCCCAGGGGAAUUAUCCACCCCUUGCUGAACGGUGCAGCAGUGAAAGGGAGAAGGGGCAGCAGAAUGCCCUGUGCCAUGGAAGUGGAAACUGUGACCUUACGCUCUAGAAAGGGCAAUCUCAGCAGGAGAGCUGAGUGAGUGAGACAGGCAGAUGUAUUUGGCAACAUCUGUGUAGUGCUUCCUCUUCCUGCCUGGUGCAGCCUUGCUAGUCAGGCCAGGCAGAGCAGCAGCAGAUAAAUCAAAGGGAGGAGCAGGAGAUGGUGGCAAGAUGAGUGUGCAGCACUGGCUGCUACAAAAAUUCUGGCUGCCCCUAAGGUGAAUUUCUUGGCCCCGAGACAGUAAAAUGCAGGAAACUCAGCCCUACAGCAGCUGUGCUUGUGGCAGCCUCUGUUUCUGGUUUUUAGUGCAAGGCUUCCUGUGACUGAGAACAAGCUGCCCUCUGCCCCAGCUAGGAUUAAUAAUAAUAAUAAUAAUAAUCCUGCCCAUAAAACAAUUAGGAUAUCCAAUGUCGGGGCAGUAAAAAGAAUAGCAAUGAAAAAAACCUGGAGUAGGUCUAAGCAAGUUGUUUAUUAAAAUCUCCAAAAAACUCCAUGGUCUAGCCUACAUAUGAAGAGCAAUGAAUUCCCUGUGCUGAAAAGGCAAUAAAAGUGUAGUUGAGUUUUUCUGUUGUUGUUGUUGUUGUUGUUGUUAAUUUAUUUCUUGUACCCCACCCAUCUGAUUGGGUUGUCCCAGCUACUCUGGGUGGCUUCCAACAAAAUAUAAAGGAACACACCAAAACAUCAAACAUUAAAAGGUUCCCAAAACAGGGCUGCCUUCAGAUGUUUUCAAAAAGUCAUAUGAUUGUCUCUUUGACAUCUGACAGGAGGGCAUUCCACAGGGCGGGCACAACUACCAAGAAGGCCCUAUACAUUAUGCCACUUAAGCAAAUUGGCUUAUAUUUGCAUAUUUUAUUCUUUUGGUAGUCCUGGGAAAGGGGGAGGGAUUAUGUAGGGCACGGAAUAACCUCCCAUGAUUACUUGAAAUCUAGUUCAGUGCAUCAUCUGUCCACCCACUCAAGAAUUUCAGCUUUUGAGACUUGGUAUUGCCCACUUGCUCCCAGACUGACCUUUGCUCAGAAGUUGCUGUAUUCUAAAAUGCAAGUGUUGAAUUCUAUGUUCUUCAGCAAUUGCAUGGUGCAGUUGUAGAGUACCCACAUCCUACUUAAUACAGUUGCAUGGAUAAUCACACUAGUAACAGUUGCAGAGGCUCAGCUCUGUUGUCAUCAUUAAUCAGGAAUACUCUUAACACAGGGGUCAGCAACCUUUUCCAGCUGUGGGCCGGUCCACCAUCCCUCAGACCAUGUGGUGGGCCGGACUAUAUUUUGAAAAAAAUAAUGAACGAAUUCCUAUGCCCCACAAUAACCCAGAGAUACAUUUUAAAUAAAAGCACACAUUCUACCCAUGUAAAAACACGCUGAUUCCCGGACCGUCCGUGGGCCGGAUUGAGACGGCGAUUGGGCCGGAUCCGGCCCACGGGCCUUAGGUUGCCUACCCCUGAUCUAGUCCAACCCCCUGCAAUGCAUUAGGAAUCUCAGCUAAAGCAUCCAUGACAGAUGGUCAUCCAACCUCUACUUUAAAAACCCCAGUGAUUCUACCACCUUCCUGCUCUUAAUACAUUUAUGACAACAGCCAUCCCACGGCAUAGUUUCCUAGCCCAGAAACUUUUCAUGCUCUUCCCCACUUGCUGCUGGCCUGACAUUUGUAUGCACAUGAUGCAACAGGUCGGCAUUGCCACGUGCAGAGUUCGCCUUGCGUUUGGGGGCGCAGCAUGGACCGCAGACCGCACGGGCAGCAGCUCUUUGGUUCUCAGAGCUUGCAAAGGCAGCAGGCCGGAUUGAGAAGGCAAUUGGGCCACAUCCAGCCCCCAGGCCAUAGGUUGCCUACCUUCUCUAACACUACAUAUACAUGCAGAGAAGAAGUGAGGCAUGCCACAGUAGGUGUAUUAAUGGCAACCUGCCGCUUCUGACACAUUGGCUGCCGUCUGGCUUGACGUACUUAAUGCCAGCAGUCCUAAUGUUUGCAACACACUUCCUGUAAACAUCUGUUGUUGAGCUUUGCCCUCUUAGAUUGCAGCUCUCUCACAGCCGAGACUCUUCUGCACACAUGGUGCCACAUAAUUAAUAAUUACAAGUUGCAUUCCAAGCAACUGAUUUUCAAUGCAAGUGACAACCAGCCGCAGCCUAAUCAGCAAUUAGCAAUGCCUGGGUGGAGCCGUCCGUUUGCUGAACUUCCCAUUUGCCCAUUAUUACUGUCUUGCUGCAGAUUUCCCUGGGGCAUCUAGUGCCAGUAGGACAGUUGAUUCAUUGUUAAAUGCCCAUUUGCAGUGGGCCAGGCAAGCCUCAUUGUUACAUCUCUGCUGUCUGUGGCAGUUUCCAUAUACUGUGUCUGUGAUGGCCGCAGUAUUGAACUGUCUGGUCACUAUGUACAUUUAGAGCAGAGAUAGCUUACUCUGUGCUCUGUAUCCUCUUGCUGAGUUCCUAGUACCAUGGAUGUCAUGCCUGUUUCUGGCAAUAAAUUAAAUGCAUAAAAACUUCCCUCAACUUGCUUCGGGGCUGAUUUGAAACACAUUCAAAAUAUUUUAUGAAUUAAUAAUGGUUAACUUUUAAAAAAUGCAUUAUUUAAUAUUUUGAGUAUAACCAUGUUCCAGUUUUUGUAAACCAUAUUGAGUUCAGACAUUUUGGGUAUAAUUCAGUAUUGCGCUACUACUGACAUUCUGUCUGCACAAGCAUAUCAGCCUGCCAGAUAUAAUCUUCCUGCCUCUCUGCACACUGUUCUGGGGGUUCUAUUUGACAGCCCCCCCAGUCAGUUUCAAGGGUACAUGGGUGGAGGAGACAUGGGAAAGCCCUGUUUUGCAGGUAGGAGCCCUUGUGGAGGGUUUCCACCGAUGGGGCUCAUUAGGCAAACCCCCCACUAUUCACUAUGUAAAUGACAUCUCUUAAAGGUAAAGGGACCCCUGACCGUUAGGUCCAGUUGCGGACGACUCUGGGGUUGCGGCGCUCAUCUUGCUUUAUUGGCUGAGGGAGCCGGCGUACAGCUUCCGGGUCAUGUGGCCAGUAUGACUAAGCCGCUUCUGGAGAACCAGAGCAGCGCACGGAAACGCCGUUUACCUUCCUACGGAGUGGUACCUAUUUAUCUACUUGCACUUUGACGUGCUUUCAAACUGACGUGCCGAGGGCCUUCAGGCGAUUCCUUCACUGCAAGAAGCCAAGUUACAGGGAACCAGGCAGAGGGCCUUCUCGGUAGUGGCACCCACCCUGUGGAACGCCCUCCCACCAAAUGUCAAAGAGAACAACAACUACCAGACUUUUAGAAGACAUCUGAAGGCAGCCCUGUUUAGGGAAACUUUUAAUGUUUGAUGCAUUACUGUAUUUUAAUAUUUUGUUGGAAGCCACCUGGAGUGGCUGGGGAAGCACAGCCAGAUGGCCGGGGUAUAAACAAACAAACAAACAAACAAACAAACAAACAAACAAAUAUUAUUUAUUAUUUAUUGAAAAUGAUGGUAUACAACAUUCUAGCCCAUCUCUAACACAAACUAGGGCUGUGUACAUGUUGUACAUUGAAGCACAAUUUUCCCCUCAAAGAAUUCUGGGCAUUGUAGUUUACCACUUACAGAGUUACAGAUUUUUUUUUUGAGGGGGGGAAAUGUGCAUUGAAAUGUAGUUGUUUUUCUUGGAUGGAGCCUUUCAGCUGAAGCACCAGAGUUAACCCCAAAUUAGUAUCUAUGUAUAUAUUUUAAUUAAAUCCCAUUUUUUCUUGUCUUCCAUGAAGCCCAAAGUGACCUUUAAAGGGCUGCUCUUAUUUUGAUCUUUUUGUCCCCUGUGUUCUGAGUGCUGUGCAGACCAUAGGCAUGGCCCUUGUGUUUUCUGCCUGAAGAACAUGGCUGCACACUAAAGUUUAGGCAAAGAUGACAGGGAAAAUGUGCCACAGUAAAGGAGCAGCAAAGGUUCACCAGUGGCUGGUAGACCUUGGUUUUUAGAGGAGCUACUUUUGCCAAGAUGGCAAGUUGUACUCUUUUGCAGUGCUUGAAAAUUGUUUUGGUAGUGGCUGAAUGCUUUGCAGGCCAAGGCAACUGAUCAGCAGCCCAAACAUUUGGCUAGCAGAAAGGAACAUUUCUCAGUCUGGAAGAAAAAGACCUCUUUAGCUGGAUCGCAUUAUGUAUGGAAAAAUGCAGUAUGACUAACAGGUUGAAUAUGUCCCCCGGUACUGUCUGGUAUCUAAUCUUCUCCCCCCCCAAAAAAUCUCGUUUGCUUUUUGCAAUAAAAUAACUAACAUUUUAUCUGCUUGACAGCCAUGAAGAACUAUAUUCCAGCCGACCAUAUGGAGCACUGGAUUCUGGCUUCAAUAGUGUGGACAGCGGAGACAAAAGGUGGUCAGGAAAUGAAGUAAGUAUACUUGUUUUGUUUCUAUUUGGUGGAUAAUUGUAGCAUAUGUGAAAAGGAAAAAGUCAGGCAGAACAGUCAUGGAAGACUCAAUUGCUAAAAUGCAUAGGGCUGCAAUUUUGCAAUGGCUUAUUCUGCAGUCAUCCAAGGAUUGAGGCCAGUGUGCCAUUUCCACAUCUGAGAUUAUUUUCAAUCUGAUAAUGGUGGUGCAGGAAAGGACUUGCAAGCACUGCUCUUUGCUCCACAUUUCAUUUCAAAACUCUUUAAAUUGAAAACAAUACAAACUCACAAAAAGUGUACUUUGUCUACAUGUGAUUCAGAUCACUGGAGUGACUUGAAGGAGGAGCUCUUUCUAACAUUAUAUUGGAGUGCUGCAGAUCUUGUUUUUGGAAGCUGGAUAAAAGUGGACGUAUUUCACAAUCUCUGUUUUCUUAAUUGUCCGGUGUCUUUUUUCAAUGAAGCCUACAGAUGAAUUUUCUGAUCUUCCUCUGCGAGUGGCAGAAAUCACAAAAGAACAAAGACUGAGAAGAGAGAGUCAGUACCAGGAACAUCGAGGGAGCAUGGUUGUCACCAACGGUGGAGGUAAAUGGCACUCAUUUGAGAAAAAAGCCAUCAGUACAUAUUUGGUUGCUCCCACGUUGCAUGGCAAGAUUCUGGUGCGCUUUGUGGAGCAUCAUCUAUGCCCAAGAAGUAUCUUUUCAGACCUAUUUUAUUUUACCCCUUUGUCUUAAAAAGCUCUAUAUGCAGCUUAACUGGAGGAGCCAAAUGGCAUUUUUACGCAGCCAGGAUGAUGGAGUAAUUUUUAUUUUAGUUUCUCCUUCAUAUGCUGAUAAGGAAUGACUUCCAGUAGCUCCUAGGAGAAGAGAAUCCAAAUAACACUUAGUUCCACUACCACAAGAAGCUGUAAAAGAUUGAGGACCAGGAAACAGUAACCUUUAACUGAGGGAAAUUGGGUCUCUUUGAAUUUAUCUUCCAGCAUAUCACCUUUAAAAAAUAAUUUAAAAACCUGUUGACUUGCUCCUUGUGUAAUUUGCUUCUUAUCUGCACUAUUCUAAAGGAUAAUAGUUCAGUCCACAGGCCAUUGGGAACAAGAAUCCUUGAGGGAUUUUGGAUGCUGGGUUAUGCAGUAUUUUCAUAAGGUUUGCUGCUGCUGCAACAACAACAUAGCAAAGCCUUAUUGGGCUUACAGAAGCAGUGAUGAAUAAAAAAUGCCCCAGUUAACAUAAUGAGUGGAGGGAUCAAUGAGAGCAGACCUUUCUGAGCGUCAUGCUCUUGUUGUAGCUUUCAUACACUUCUGAAUGUGUGUGAGUCCCUCCCCCCAUUUUAUUCCUUUUACAAUCCCUUCCUCUUAACCUUCUGCUUUCUUAAUUUCACAUUUUAUAUGUGAAGGUAGCCAAAAUAAAAUAUAAUUUCAGGCUUGAGUGCAAGCAUCAUUUUUGGUGUUUGCAGAAUAAUCUAACAAACCAAAAGCUGUUCUAACAUGUCAUUUUACAGAUUCAAGUUGGUCAGAACAGUAUUGCUUUGCAUGUUAAUGUGCAUGUCUCACUUACCAAUUCACAAAGGUGCUUCAGAGGUUUCUGAGUUCGCAUAUUGAUUAGAACCCAGAAAUAUCCGUAACUUAAAGCACUUCUUUGGAUAUGGAUAUCAAAAGUCUAAGCAACUUGUGUUUGCAAAAUACAACAUUAGAUAGAAUUGGGAUGCAAGAUGACCUUAACAGAUUGGAGAACUUGGCCCAAACUAGCAAAAUGAAUUUCAACAGGGACAAAUGUGAGGUUCUGCACUUAGGCAGGAAAAACUAACUGCACAAAUAUAAGAUGGGGGACACCUGGUUUGCCAGUAGUACAUAUGAAAAGGAUUUAGGGGUCUUAGUAGACCACAAGCUUAACAUGAGUCAACAGUGUGAUGCAGCAGCAAAAAAAAGCUAACACUGUUCUAGGCUGCAUCUACAGAAGUAUAGUGUGCAGGUAAAGGGAAGUAAUACUACCACUCUAUUCUGCCUUGGUCAGACCAUACCUGGAGUACUGUGUUUAGUUCUGGGUGCCACAAUUUAAGAAGGGUGUUGACAAGCUGGAAGGUGUGCAGAGGAGGGCAACCAAGAUGAUCAAGGGUCUGGAAACCAAACCUUAUGAGGAAUGGUUGAGGGAGUUGGGUGUAUUUAGCCUAAAAGAGGAUACUGAGAGGAGAUAUAGGAAUCAAGCUAGGAAGCUGGGACCCGAACCAGUGGAUUCAAGUUACAAUGAAGGAGAUUCCAACUAAACAUCAGGAAGAACUUUCUGAUGGUAAGAGCAUCUUCAGCAGUGGGGCGGACUCCCUUGAGAGGUGGUGGACGCUCCUUCCUUUGAGGUUUUUAAGCAAAGGUUGGAUGGCCAUCUCUAGUGAAUGCUUUAGUUGAGUUUCCUGCAUUGUAGGGAGUUGGACUAGCUGACCCUUUGCAUUCCUUCCAACUCUACAAUUCUACGGUUCUAUAGUCUUGAGAGACUAAUAUUGCUACUCACCACUAAUAGAUCAUUCUUGGCAAGUAAGCCAAAGUGCAGGUGGAAAAGAGUUUUUCAAUUUAAUGUGUGUUACGUAAGUGAAUUGCUGUAAACUAUUCAUUUCUGGUUACAUUAGUGAGCAAUAAAACCCUAGCAUGGUGGGAUUUUUCUUUGUCUAUAAUGCAUUCUAAAGUAUGAAAUGGCUCUUUGUUUAAUAUUAGUUGGAAAUCUCCUCCCAAUCAGCAGUUUUUAUAAUAGCUUGAUCUAUAGUUUGCUCGCUGAUUGUAUGAGCCACUCUGCAGCAAGAGAUUUCUUGAAUAAAUAUGGUCAGACCUGAUGGAGCUGCUGCAGUCCAACUCCUGUUAACUCUCUCUGUGCCUCCCCCUUCCCCCAGCUGCUUAUCUAAUUACGGUCCUUCUCUUUGUAUAUGCCAAGUGGAACAUGAUCUGGAUCAGAUCGACUUUAUUGACAGUUGUGUCACCGAAGAGGAGGAGGAAGAGGUGAGGCAAUCCAAGUGCAUGGAGUCAGACAGCCUCAGCUCACAGUUCAUGGCAUAUAUUGAACAACGGCGAAUAUCUCACGAGGUGGUGCUUCCUUUUAAUUUGUGUGUAUGUGCCCCUGUGAAAUUCCCUUUUGUUUGUGUUGUUUCUCAUCCACAGUGGCUAUUAUUGGUUGACUUUUAGAUCUGGAGAUUCAGAGAUUUUGGAGCAGUCCCAAUGCUGUGCUUUCAGCUCCUGGCUCAAAGCACUGUGCUCUGGGGUCUUGUGGGUGUUCAAGGUGCUAGUUUUGAUUGCAAUAGAGUCUCAGUUGAUAUCUGCUCAAUUGGCCUUUCUCUCCCUUGUGCUAUGUCCAUGGUGGUCCGUGCAACAGUCUGGGUGCAGAAUCUGAGAAGUAUCCAAUGGGACGUUGCCUUACUUUCCUCCUCUCUCCAUUCCCCCCUCCUCAUGUGCCCAAAAAUCUAUUCCAGAUUUUGAGGCUGCAUGGGUCUGCAGGAGGGAGGAGAGGAAGGUGAAUCCCAUUUAUAUGAGCAGAAGCCCGUUCUGCCUGCACACAGACAGUUUUCCAGUGCUAUAUAGCCUCACCUCCCAUUACCACCCCCACCCCUAAAUCCAAAUUAGGGUGUUGCAAGCAAGGGGGGCAAGCAAGGGCUUUUUUCAGAGGUACUUGGAUAUGUAAUAAUAAUUAUAUGGUGCUUUGCUAUCCUUUUAUUGUAGGCAGUUUUAUGCCACUUCAUUGUAUAUAUCAAAUCCAUCCUGAUCUGCUUUUAAGAGUUUUCUUUUAGCUCGUCUGCAUUUGCAUCCUCCUUGGGUGGGUGUACCUCAGAUAUUGUCUCAUCAGCAGCCAGAGUGUGGAUCCAAGUCCAUCCACUAAUCUCAGGAGAGGGGGGGUGCAGGCCUCUUGGCCUGUUAGCACAAAUCUGCCCCUCCCAGUAUACUGUCAUGGCAAUUUCUGAUGCCCCAAGGGAAGGCAAAAAUAAAGGUCAAGCAUCUGUAAAGUAUGACUUUUCUGGCUUCCUAAGAAAUAAAGACAUUCAACAAGUUUUGGGAUUUAUUCUUGGAACAUAAGAUUGAACAAUGUACAGCCUGUGUCCUUAAGCAUUGUGCUGUUUUAAAUCUGCCCCGUGGUAUUUCAACUGAAAGGUUACAAUUAAGAAAUCCAGGCUCAUUUCCUUGUACCAGCAUUCUCACUUUAGAGUCUCCAGUUGUUUUGUGGGCCAGCCUAAAGGAAGCAUCUCCUCCCCAUAAUGAGAAGAGUAGGGAGAUAUUUUCUUCAUUUCACAUAAUUAGAUGCAUAGCUUUACAGUAACAAAAAAAUUAGGCCCAGAAAACAGAACUGAAUCCCCAUUGUUCUGUUAUAUUGUGCCUUCUGGUUUUUCAAAAUUAGACCAGUUUAGUUUUUAUGCCACAAAAUGGAGCUAGCUUCUUGAAUGAAUGAGCUCAGCCAUUUUGGGACGGCAUGCUCCUUGAGAUAACAGUGUGUUUUUUGAACCUUUUUGAGCAUGCUUUUUAUAGGGCCAGUUUGAUUACAAACACCAACUUUGAGAGUUACGUGGUUGUUCAUUCUGUCAUACUCUGCAAUAAUCCUGAAUCAGUGUAAACAGGUCUUUGAGGGAAUGUAUGCAAGUGCCCUUCUAUGCCACUAUUAAAGUAACACUGCAGUGGCUACUUCACUUUAAAAAAACGAAAACCAAACACCUCUGGUUGGAAGCAGCUAAAUGGCUGUAGUUUAUAGGCAGUUAAAUGCUGAGGCCAGUUGCCUUGUGUUUAACUCAAAAAAGUGCAUCCGUCGUUGCAAUUCUGAAAACUUUAUAAGAUUUCCCUCUUGACUGUGCUCUGCAUGUGCCACCUGUGAAGAAAAAGUACAACACAUUACAUAUUUUGUGGCUUCCUGCAGCUGUGCAAAUCCUCCGAACUAGACAUGCUUGUAAGACCUUCUCUUCAGACUGGCUUUUUAAUAGAUGCAGCUAAGCUGGCACAGGGGCAGUUUGGGGUUUUGAUGGAUUCAGCGCUAUGUGGAAGAACAUGCCAAUGUAUUUUCGGAUGCAUGUUUCUAAUCUGGAGAUAUAUUUAAAUUAAUAGAGCUGUUAAAAUGCUCUCCAAACGUUAGAGUGUGUGCUUUGUUUAAAGCUGAAAUCCUUGACUGGUUCAAAGUAAACUUAGCAACCUUUGGAAGGGUACUUAAUGGCAGCGCGUGAUAUAAUAUUGGCUCUUUUUUGCAGCCUUAAGUGUUUCCUUUAAAACUAAGGGCGGUGGGGGUAGAAUUCACUUUGGUUUUGGCCUUUUAACUGCUGUGGGCAUAUUGAGGGGCAAAGGACCCCCUCCUGUUACCAUCUGGACUGUAGGAAAGGAAGGGCUCUUAAUAAGCCUAAAAUCACUAGGAAAUGUUAAAGUAAUACAUUUACUCCUCCGUGACCUCUAAUCUAAACCUUUUCUGCAUAAGUCUAAUGGGAGGCUUGAAACAGUGGGCUGCAUCCCAUGUGUGCAGGCAGCCUGCACGGGAUAAUCUUCUACUUUGCUUAACAAGUGGCCCAUUCUGCAAUCGGAUUACAAUCUGUGCCUUCACAUACAUGUUACAAUGCGAAACUGGGUUGAAGCGCAUUUUGUUUGGCUGAUUGUUGUCCCAGUGAUCUCUUCCACUUCAUAUCCCACGCAUAUGUACUUGGGGGCCCAACAUAACCGCCAUUAUUCUCUUAAGGCUAAGCGGCAGUGAGACUUGCAGUUCCUUAAUUACCGGGAUGAUCUUCCAAUUGAGUGCACUGGGGUUUCCCCGGGGGCUGAAUAUGCUGCUUUUGUGUACUGUGGGAUAAUACCACCAUGUCUGUGGGCCAGCUUAAUUGCUAUUUGUUCAGUGGUUGGCUAAAAAGGUCCCAUUCUUGAAAUUGCAGUGGCUCAUAUUUCUUCUGACCGUAUAUUAGUUCCGCAAGUCCAGUAAUGAGACAAGAAGGAUCACGUUGCUGCCCAAGGCAUAAUUCAGGAGGAGACCCGUAGGCUGCUAAAAUCCAGAAUUCUCUUCAGAGUUAGCGAGGGGGCGCCAGCUCUUAGUAAAAAAUAAAUGUGUAUGUGUAUGAACUCAAACCACUUUAAAUUACAACAGCAUUUUGGAAAAUAGUACCUAAGAACAAAUGGGUCAUUUAUAGAUUUUGUUUCAGUAAACGAGAUUGUUAGUUUGAGAAUUAGUGGCCUUUAAGAUGUCUAGAUCAAAAUUAAUCCAUGCGAGAAAAAUACUAGACAGGAGGAAGUUAAGGAUUUUGCUUUAGGAAAAUGGGUUAAUUUACAUUCAAUGGACGCCUUCAUCUGCCCCUGCCGCAAUAAAACAGGUCUUUUCAGCCACAGCAGGCACUGUAAUUCUCCAACGGUUUGACUUUACCUCCGAUGGCUGACUCUUCCAUUGUCUCUCGAGACAGAUGGAUGCGAACAACCAGUUUAACAAUGGUCAGUGGUGGCACUGCCAUUAUGGAAUUUCCUCACCUUUAGGUUCAGCAUAGGCUCAACAUUGAACUAAACCUAACUGUGGUUUAUUACUUUAAUCCCAGUUAGGAGUUUAAAAGUAGAAUAAAACUGUAGUUUUCCUUGCUGAGGUAAUCCCCAUCCUUGAAGGGGUGUGCUCAAGAAAUGAACAGCUUGAGCUACUUGUCGCCUUGAAAUAGGGAGGCAGGAAAACUGUCUUGGUCACGAUUUAAUCUGUGCAGAUGUAGUACUUAGGGCAAGCCAUGAUUUGCAAACCCAAAUCCUAGCUUUAGGACAAUGCUUAACUGCUGUUUAGGUAUUCACACAUUACAUUAAGCCAUGGUUGAUUGUUUUGUCUGCAGUGGGGCAUUAGCAAACCUGUUGAAAUUUUGACGGCAUAUGAAAUUCCAUGUCCUUUUUAAGUAGUGUACCUCAUUAGAAAAGUGGGUAAUACAUUUAAAAAUAGCUCUUUUUCAUCCCCAUGUGAAUUGAAGCUGGCAGAUUUGAAAAUCUAAACAAGACAACACUGAGGUUUAUAAAACCGACAAGGACCAAAUACUAAAACCAAAUACUAAAAAUUAACUCAUUUUCUUAUAGCACAGUGCUUCACUUCCUCCUGUCUAGUAUUUUUCUCACACUGAUUAAUUUCGAUCUGGACAACUUAAAAGGCCACUAAUUCUCAAACUAGUUUGGUGUGAUUGGCAGACUUGCUCUGGCAAAGGGAGGUGACAUUUGCAACCAUCCACAAUGCACUAGAAAUAAUUAUUUUUGUAUCUCAUUUCUUCCUUCACUAAGGGUUCACCAGUAAAACCAACACCCACCCGGGAAUUCCACAGGUCAGAAGAUGCCAGAAGAUACUUGCAUCAUAAUAGGUGAGUACUUUUGUCAAGAGAGCAAGCUGGCCAUCACAAACACUCUUUUCCAACAACACAUCAAGACAUCAAGAUGAGGUGGCAAGAAUACACAGAGGAAUUAUACCAGAAAGAUAUGGAUGUCUCGUACACCCCAGGUAGUGUGGUUGCUGAUCUUGAGCCAGACAUCCUGGAGAGUGAAGUCAAAUGGACCUUAGAGAGCACUGCUAAUAACAAUGCCAGUGGAAGUGAUGGUAUUCCAGCUGAACUAUUUAAAAUUUUAAAAGAUGAUGCUGUUAAGGUGCUACACGCAAAAUGCCAGCAUGUUUGGAAAACUCAGCAGUGGCCAGAGGAUUGGAGAAGAUCAGUCUACAUCCCAAUCCCAAAGAAGGGCAGUGCCAAAGAAUGCUCCAACUAUUUGCACUCAUUUCACACGCUAGCAAGGUUAUGCUUAAAAUUCUACAAGGCAGGCUUAAGCAGUAUGUGGACCGAGAACUUCCAGAAGUGCAAGCUGGAUUUCGAAGGGGCAGAGGAACCAGAGACCAAAUUGCAAACAUGUGCUGGAUUAUGGAGAAAGCUAGAGAGUUCCAGAAAAACAUCUACUUCAGCUUCAUUGACUAUGCAAAAGCCUUUGACUGUGUCGACCACAGCAAACUAUGGCAAAUUCUUAAAGAAAUGGGAGUGCCUGAUUACCUCAUCUGUCUCCUGAGAAAUCUCUAUGUGGGACAAGAAGCUACAGUUAGAACUGGAUAUGGAACAACUGAUUGGAUGAAUCCCAAGCCGGAAUUAAGAUUGCCGGAAGAAAUAUCAACAACCUCAGAUUUGCAGAUGACACAACCUUGAUGGCAGAAAGUGAGGAGGAAUUAAAGAACCUCUUAAUGAUGGUGAAAGAGGAGAGCGCAAAAUAUGGUCUGAAGCUCAACAUCAAAAAACCUAAGAUCAUGGCCACUGGUCCCAUCACCUCCUGGCAAAUAGAAGGGGAAGAAAUGGAGGCAGUACUUUCUUGGGCUCCUUGAUCACUGCAGAUGGUGACAGCAGCCAUGAAAUUAAAAGAUGCUUGCUUCUUGAGAGAAAAGCAAUGACAAACCUAGACAGCAUCUUAAAAAGCAGAGACGUCACCUUGCCAACAAAGGUCCGUAUAGUUAAAGCUGUGGUUUUCCCAGUAGUGAUGUAUGGAAGUGAGAGCUGAACCAUAAAGAAGGCCGAUCGCCAAAGAAUUGAUGCUUUUGAAUUCUGGUGCUGGAGGAGACUCUUGAGAGUCCCAUGGACUGCAAGAAGAUCAAACCUCUCCAUUCUGAAGGAAAUCAGCCCUGAGUGCUCAUUGGAAGGACAGACCCUGAAGCUGAGGCGCCAAGACUUUGGCCACCUCAUGAGAAGAAGACUCCCUGGAGAAGACCCUGAUGUUGGGAAAGAUGGAGGGCACAAGGAGAAGGGGACAGAGGACAAGAUGGUGGGACAGUGUUCUCGAAGCUAUGAACAUGACUUUGACAAGCUGCGGGAGGCAGUGGAAGACAGGAGUGCCUGUAAGAAGAGUCAGACACGACAAAACGACUGAACAACAACAGCUUUUGUUCCAUACGCUCAGAGCUUUAGGAAUCAGCAAGGUGAAUCAUGCUGCAGUGUGAGGAACAUGUCACCUGAUAAAUUGGGCGCCAUUUCUUUAGUUUUGUGGUCACAAAGUGUUGCAUUUUUAGCACAGGGUCCCAGAGUCUUUGCAUAUAUCGCCUUACUGGGCCAAUUGCAAACAUAAUGUUUCUGUCCUUGUAACCAUGGUUGAGAGAUCAGGAGCCCCUCAGUGUGAGGGUUUUUAUACUCCUUGCCCCCUAACACCUGUAAUUCCCCUCCACCAUUCCCUUUCCAUAGCAGUGUUGCAUCUGCACCAUGUUAGCAAUCACCAUACUUAGAAGUGGGGGUUGAAAAGUAAUCUGUUAUAACAAUGGUUGCCAUUAAUUUUCAGUGUAUACAUAUUACCAGGUCUGAAAAGGGAAAUGGAGGGGGGUACAUGCAAGAGAAGAAGGAGAGGCAUAUGCAAAUAGCCAUGGUUAAGAAUCUGAUAACAUCAUGUCUGCACCAGGUUAUGGUGUUUUACUCAUUAUAAUACAAUCCUUUUAUUGGGUUGUUGGAUGCAGAAGUAUUUUGUCCCACGUAAUACAUGAUCGGUGUCAGCAGUAAGUCUUCACUGUUCACCAUUUAUGGCAACAAUGCUCCCAGUUUUUGUUAAGCAUAAGCAGCGUUGCUUCAUAAAUGAAGCUUUGCAGCUUGUAAGGAACCAUUUUUUCCAGAACAGAAAGAGGAACCUGCUAGAUUAUUAUUCACCAGUAUUACAGAAUAAUCCUCCUUGAAAUCUGAGUCUUUAAAAGGGUUUCCCCUGCCCCGCUCCCGGUUCCAUAGCUGAUCCAAAUGUAGCAGGGACUGCUAAAACAAAGUAAAUGUGUUUUUUGAAGAGUUUGUGUGCUUGGUAGAUAAGCUUUUAAUUACCUAACCAAAAAUGGGCAUGAUGGUGAUGAACCUGACCUGGGACCCUGGGAGCUUAAAUUAGAACAAGGCAUCUGAGUGGGAUGGUGCCUCAGACUGGCUUGUGCUAACAAAAUCUCUAUUGUUGGUUAUCAGGAUAAAUAUAGAUCUGGUUAAAUUCAUGCCAACUUAAACUGCCUUAUUCAUGAUAUUCCAAACCAGACUUAAGAUUCAUGGAUAGAGAGCAGGAAACGGUUCGUUGGCUGCUGGUGGGGACGCUGCUAAUGAAUGCUGCUCACUUUGGGGAGAACUGAUGCUGCUUUACAAAUUGCCAUUGUCCGCCUGGAUGUUUGCCUGCUCUGUUCCCCCAUGCUCAACUCAUCCUUUGUAAAUAAGCAGAUAUUACAGAUCACCAAAGUGCAGCAAGGCUCCAGCACACUCUCCCCAUGAGAGAGCUAAAACCCUUUGGAAGACUGACCCUGGCGCUUCCUGGUGCUCAGUGAAGUGGGGGAGCGCAGGACAAUGUAGUUCAUUUAAUCAGAAUGUCAUCAGCUGCAGCUAAAGUGAAGGAUCUGUCAGCUUUGAUAAAUCUGUUUCUCCACUUUGCCUCGAGUGGGAGCUUAGUAUGCAGGCCUAGAAGAGAAUCUCAUUUUCUUCAGAGUAGCAAAAAAGAGUAUGUCACUAGAAAUUUAAAAGCAAGAUAUCCAAAUGAAAUUUGAGGCUUUGUGGUAUACAUUCAAAGUGCAAAUAAACUUUUAGAGCUGAACUUGAUCUUGCCAUUUAUGUUCUCUCUCACCCAACCUGAUAAUUGUGGUUAAGGGUGAUUAACUACAUCGGUUUUGUUCAGUUUGAAUGUUUUUAUUUCUGAGGAAAUCCUAUCUUUCUUCAUCUUUUCAAAAUUCCAUUGCCCAAGGCAGCUGAUUCUGCACUCUACUACCCAUAUUGAAUUUAGUUGCUGCUUAGCCCUAAAACAUGAACACUUUAGGCCUGGUUAUCUUAAUUUUACUAUUUUCUUAAAAGGGUUUUUCUCUGUCUACUCAUAUGCUGUAACAUUUCUUCCAUUUUCUUUUUUCCAUUUUCUCUGGGUCAAUUACCACUACCACCCACUGUGUAUUUGUGUUUUCAGAGAUGGAGAUGAAUUAAGACGACCUGAAAGUCUGAGCUUGACACAUGACAGAGACCGACAGCAACUUCUGAGGAACUGCUUAGACCGAGCAGAAAGGUAAGGCUGUGAGUGAUAUGUGGUGCCCCUCAUUUAAAAUGAGGUGCAGGUCUGGCCCAUUGUGCAAAUAAGCUUUCUUUAAAAGCAAGCUACAGCCGUGGCAUCCUAUGUAAAAUUGACUGCACAGACCAUUUACUGUUGCCUAUGGCUUAAUCACUUUGUGCAUGUUGCCCCAAGGAAAAUGUUUAGAUAAUUAGGAAGAGGAGCUUUAUUAUGUUAACCAUCUUUUUAGAGCAUUAUGCACAGUGAAUUGGAAAUAUUUAUUUUGUAUCCAACAAUGUUCUGUUUUGCCCCCUCAGAGGUUCUGGCGACUCAUCUUGCCUUCUUUUGCUGUCCGGCACCCAUAAUCAGGUAAUUCGUGUUGCACAUUGGGAAGUGUGCUGCUUAGUGUGUAGCUCAUGGGUAGGCAAACUAUGGCCUGGGGGCCGGAUCCGGCCCAAUCGCCUUAUAAAUCUGGCCCGCGGACGGUCUGGGAAUCAGCGUGUCUUUACAUGAGUAGAAUGUGUCCUUUUAUUUAAAAUGCAUCUCUGGGUUAUUUGUGGGGCAUAGGAAUUCGUUCAUAUAUUUUUUCAAAAUAUAGUCUGGCCCCCCACAAGGUCUGAGGGACGGUGGACCGGCCCCCUGCUGAAAAAGUUUGCUGACCCCUGGUGUAGCUGGUUGCUUUCUUUCUGAUGCACAUUCCAAAUUAACGUUCUUCCAGGUCUCUCACUCGGAUGCAGAUCUACACAAAAGGCGCGAGCAUUUAGUGGAGCGUACCCGGAGGGAAGCCCAGCUUGCUGCGCUACAAUAUGAGGAGGAGAAGAUGAGGACAAAACAGAUCCAAAGGGAGGCCGUCCUCGACUUUGUCAAGGUAGGUCAAGUUAGGUUUUCAGGUUUAGUGUACAAUUCUCCAGGGAGAGGUGGUGGUGGUGGUCCCAUGCUUUCCAGUUAUACAGAGGCCUCAGUGCUCCCUCUCUUGCGACUGUAUAUUUAAAGGCCAGACCUUCUCCCACCCCAGAAGAAAGUUGUAGGAGGUCACUGCUCCAAACAUAGCAUGGCUAGCUGUGCAUGCACACACCUGUACACUGAGCGCGAUAGGAACCCUCCCCACUCUGAAUUAGUCUGCAUGCUGAAUAAUCCUCUUCUAAUUGCUGCACAGAGUCUGGCAUUGCUGUUAAGGUCCACAUAUACUGAGGGUGGGAGACAAGUGGUAUUGGCACCAUGUUCUGCCCCACCCCUGAUUCAUUCAUCCAUACAGGGUUUGCCACACCCCUACCCAGGAGCUGAAUCUUGCCCAGUUUUUGUUUUUAAGAAGUCUAGCAUCUGGUCACAUGGUUUGGCAGCAGACAUGUAAUAAGAUACAGGCUACUUCUUCUGAAACUUGAUGGGGAACAAAUAGUUCUGAAAGGGUUUAAGGUUUUACAUGACUGGUUGUUUAAUGAUAGGCCCUGCUGCUUGCUCUGUUUUACUGGAAAUUGGAUUGCUUUCGUCACCAUUGGGGUUUUCAUCACCCUCCACACAGUGAGCUCUUUGAGUGGGGGCUUAGAGGACUGUCACCCAGAGCACAGCUGCAUCAGACUGGCUGCACAUUAGGUGAAAGAAACAUGUCACAGAAAGUGGUGAAGAUCAGGAAUGAUUUGGGAUAUAGUUUGUUUAAAGGGGUCUUCCAACUUCAUACUUUUGUAAUGGAUUUAUUAUCAUUAUGAUGCAAUGUAGGAGUUGUAGACCAACCCAGCUUUACAGUAGCAGAUUUAGGAGAAUGCUGAUGUAUUUGGUUCCAAAAUUGAGUUACCUAAGAAACAUAAUGCCAACUCUAACCUCUUUCUCCUAGGCAGGUGGGUUCUGUUCACAGGUCAAUAAAAUGGUUCAGCUUAGGAACUGCUUAUGUUCAUGGAACAGUUCUUGCCCAUCUUGCCACCUUAUUUCCUAUUUACCUGAGCCUGCGUGCUUUUCCCUAGUAAAUUGUUCCUUUUCAUUCUUCCAAGCAAAAGGCAUCCCAGAGCCCUCAGAAGCAAAGCCCUCUGGAUAGUGAGGUAAGAACUAAAGCUAUAAACCGCCUUCUUGUCAUUUCCUAAGCUCUUUAUGGGGGGGGGUCUCUCUUUUACUGAGGCUACAAUCACUGGAUCUGACUUAAAUCUGUUCAGGACUGAAGCGUAAGCGUAGGGUUUAAAGAUCACUACUGUGCCACAGCAGAGAGAUGUCUCUUCUAAACCUUCCCCCCACCCCCACCCCUGUUUUGAUGUUGGUUGGACUGUGGAUUUGUCCAUGUAGUCUGUGUCUUGUAAAUGUGGCAAAUGUAUGUAAAUAGACCUAUUUAUAUCUGUUCCAAGAUCUUUCUUGAAACAGUAGAGCUGACGUGAGAGCAGAUAUAUUGGGAAUAUUAAAAAGCACUUUUGGAACUGCUGGUCCUUCAGCAGAACUAAAUCCACCCUGAACUUCCAAGUUGUCAUUGAACUUCUGGGUUCGCCACCAGAUCCAAGGCUUUUUGCAUUGCUUAACUGAACAGUCAAGCUCUGCUUUUGCACACUUGCUUCUUCUCUGCAAGUGCACUGGCGUCAGAGCACAGGUUGGCUUCACGGCAUGCUCUGUUCGCUGAGUUUUAGCAGUUGCACCAGUCUUUGCUUGCUGGGCGCCCUCCAUAUGUUUUAGACUACAGCUCCCAUCAACUCAUCUUAAAAAGAUACUGUAAAUCUGGAAAAGAUUUAGAAAAGGGCUACCAAAAUAAUGAAAGGGAUUGGGGGGGGGAGUCACAAUAUUUGGUGCAUUUUAGUCUAGAGCAAGGGACGCGGGUGGCGCUUAGGGACACGGGUGGUGCUGUGGGUUAAACCACAGAGCCUAGGACUUGCCGAUCAGAAUGUUGGCGGUUUGAAUCCCCGCGACGGGGUGAGCUCCCGUUGCUCGGUCCCUGCUCCUGUCCACCUAGCAGUUUGAAAGCACGUCAAAGUGCAAGUAGAUAAAUAGGUACCGCUCUGGCGGGAAGGUAAACGGCGUUUCCGUGCGCUGCUCUGGUUCGCCAGUCAUGCUGGCCACAUGACCCGGAAGCUGUACGCCGGCUCCCUCGGCCAAUAAAGCGAGAUGAGCGCCGCAGCCCCAGAGUCGGCAAGGACUGGAUCUAAUGAUCAGGGGUCCCUUUACUAGUGUAGAGCAAGGGGAAAACAUGAUAAAGGUAAAUAAAAUUAUACCUGGUGACGAGAAAGUGAGUAGAGAAAGGAUUCCCUCUCCCUCUCAUAACACGAGAAUUUGUGGACAUCCAUUGAUACUGAAUGUUGGAAGAUUCAGGACAGACAAAGGGAAGUCCUUUUUCACCCAGCGCAUAGUUAAAACUAUGGCAUUCACUCCCAUAAAAAGUAGUGAUGGCUACCAACUUGGAUGGCUUUAAAAGAGGAAUAGGCAAAUUCAUGAAGAAUACAGCUAUCCGUGGCUGCUAGGCAUGAUGGUUGUGUUCUUCCUCCACUGUUGGAGGCAGUCUGCCUCUGAUGGCCAGUUGCUGGAACUCCCAAGUGAGUGGGGAGAGGGCUGCUGUGACACACAGUUCUUGCUUGUGGGCUUCCCAUUUGGACAUCUGGCAAGUCAUUGUAAGAACAGGAUGCUGGACUGGGUGAGCCAUUGGCCUGAUCCAGCCAGCCAUGCUGGCUGGGGCUGAUGGGAGUUGUAGUUCAAAACAUCUGGAGGCGCCAGGUUGGCAAGAGUUGAACUUCAUACUUGUAGGGUAGCCAGCGCUCAAGGCUGAUGAUAUUGGUGCCUUGGAACAGAAUUUUGGUUGGUUCUCAGCCUCCCUCACAUUGGCAUCUGUCUUUCCCCACAAGAAGGUUUUAUACACCACCAGGGCCAAUUUUCUUGUUUAGCUAACGGAAAAUAGUUUUUACUUCAUGAUCAGCCUGUCAUAAGACACAACACAAUAGACCACAAAUACAUAGGAAAGUGUUUUCCAGUAGUCUGCUUUCUGUGACUCUGGACUGCUUCCAAAUAGUUCUGUUCUUUUUAUUUGAUCUUUGUUUCAGUUCCUCCCAGGCUGUGUGUGUUCUUUCCUUAAUAUUGCAGCGUUCUCCACUGGAAAGAUGCACAUACCAAAUCCUGCUCUUUCUUGGACUCGGCAGCUGAAAGCAAAAUAGCUCCUGAAUCAGUUGCAGAUGUUUUUAAUGCUGAGAUCAUUAAGAGACUAAUAGGUUUCUUUCCCAUUGUUUCAGUUAUACUUUACUGAUUACCUCCAUGUGCCUUCUGCAUUAAGAACCUUGUCAGUUCCAGAUGUCUGUGUUUGUCUGCAUAUUUUGUGGUGGUCUCAUGUUUCUGAUGUUGCCAUCUCUCCCGCAUCCCCAGUGUCCCUUCCCGUCCAGAAGGUCUCAGCACACUGAUGAUAGUGCCUUGCUGGUGGUAAGAAUCCUGCACGCAAUGGCCUGUUUAUGUGUCAGCCUCCUAGAUCAUAGUUAGCAUGUUUUCUAUGGUUUGCUGAGAUUAGGCAGUUUAGUACUACUCCUAAAUAGCAUAAAACAUGGCUGUCUUAAUUAUAAUAGCAAUUUUGGUAUAAAUUGUUACUUUACCCUCCUUCCUUCUGCCUUGGAACGGAUUGCAGCUGAUGUUCACAGCUAUGUGUUCCUGAACUUCCUGUUCUGAUUUAGUCCCUGGAACUCAUAAGAUAAGUGGUUGGUGCAAUUCGUGGAAACAUUAAAGGUGUGAAUAAGCUUUAAGGGGUGAAAGCACCUAAGCAGGUUCUUAGGUUCCUGCCUGGCCUACUCAUGGAGUCAUCCACACAUCAGCUAUAUAGAUAACACAUUCAUCACAAGGCCCAGAAGUGUUCCAAUAAGUACCAGGUGUUAUGUCAAGAGAUGGUAUUUAAAUUUUGCAUUUCCAUUUCCUUGCUGAACCAGUUCAGUAUCAUAACAUGGAAUCAUAGAUUUCGAAGAGGCAUGAUGUCACCCAGCUUUGUCUAUCCAGCUGCAGGAUCCCUGUGGCCUAAAUCAUACAUCACAGAUACUCAUCCAUGAUUUCCCCUGAAGAACUACUUUUGUAGUUGUUUGGCGCAUGGCCCUCUGAAUGGCUGCUGGUGAUCCAUUUGAGUAUGUUUAGUUAACCAUGACUAAACGCUUUGUUUUUGCCCCUCUGUUUAAAUCAGUGGAGGUACUUUUACAUCUCUCAAGUAUGAAUUGCCUAUUUAAAAAAAAAGUUGUCAACAUUUCAUGUAACACCAUUUCCAUGUUUUAUGCUAUUUCCUUCCUCUGUUGGUAUCUCAAAAAUAGCGACUGAAAUCCAUUUUCAUGUUCUUUCCUGGCCUGCUUUGCUCUGCCUGCCUUUGCAUGAUUUGCAUGCCUCCAGUAUAUUUGCUCAUUUAUAUUCUCUUCAGUUAAGUGCUUGAGGUUUCAUAUGUGCAGCCAUGUUGCUGGCUGAAGAGCACUGAAACUUCACCUAGGUGUGAAGCAGGGACACCCCCCCCGGCCCCCCUCCCAUCCUGGACAUUACAUUCAGGCAUUUUCCUAUUUGUGACAUGAGAGUACAGGGAAGGCAGAGGCCAGAAAAUGGGUUCAAAAGUGUGGUUGAGAGAGAACUCUGCCUAAUGUUUACUAUGGUUAACAUUGAUGCCAAAUUAAACCUUUAAAAUGGUGGGAGUAAUUCGUGUUGGAGCAGAGACGGGGCACACAGUUCUGCAGCCCAGUCCCUUAACUUGUCUUGUUCCUCAGUUCAUGUAAGGACAACUGGUGAUUAGAAAUAGACAGGACAACAACAGGUGCCAGCUGCUGCCAACUUAGCUUGUUACUACUGAACAACAAUUUUCAAGAGACAGAGGUUUCUCUAGUCAGAAAAGGUCAAAUGCUCAGAGAAACCUCUGCCUCUUGAAAAUUGUUGUUCAGUAGUAACCAAGCUAGCAAGUUGGCAGCAAGCGUGGCACACAAGUUGUUGUUUUGUGUCCCUGUUUUGUGUCCCUGUUUCAGGCAUUCUUAUUGUUGUGGAUGUAAACUGUUUCUGUCCCUCUCGUUCUAAUUUCCAUAAACGCCCGGAAAGUGGGAUUGAUGUGGAUGGGUAAUUGACUUGCUUGGUCUAGAUUUCUUUCUUGCCCUGUCCCAGGACUUGGAGUGAGCUUGUUAUCUCAGGCAUGCAUACUUCCCUGUCUGUCGAUUUAGGGCACGAUCCGAUUUUAAUUCUUUUUGACAAAUCACUGCUGCGAUGAAUGGGAUUUGGCCAAUUCCAGCCAUUUCCAUCAUAUGGUUUAUGCAUCUAUUUCUGACUCUCUUGAACUGCACUUGCUUACAUGGCGGCAGUUUCUCCCACAACAUAAUAGAAUAUUGUGUAGAAUUCUAACGAAGGCCUUUUGUUCGGCACUUCCCUUAUUACAUCAUAGUGCCUGUUCAGCCAAGACUGCUUUUUUUCUUUCGCUGAACAAUGAUGUUAACUCCAGUAUAGGGAAAAUGCAUGGAAAAAGGUCUGACAAACAGGCAGUAUGAAAUUAUCCGUGCCCCUCGCCCUUUUACACUUUUGUUGCUUGCACAAAAGUGGACUUGCAGCCCCCCCACCCCGGUGUUUUGUUUAGCAGGCUUUCUAGUUGCCUGCUGCAGUGUCUGACUUUUUGUUUCUGGAGCACUGUAUGCUUCCAGGUGUGAUUAAGUGCUCGCCACCCCCAAUUUCUGGAAAGCAGGGUGCCACCACCACCAGUGUGUAUUCAACACUAACAGUUUGCGUGUUUUCCCUUCAAAUGCAUGUGUUGAAGGCGAGAGCAAUGGAGGUAGGUUUGGGAGGGGCACUGCAGUCGGGCUCCGGACUGGCUCCAGAGCACAGCGGGCAUGGCUGUCUGCAGGCAUGGCUAGGCCGGGCACGACGCAGCGCUGCCAAGGCCCUUCCAUCUCAGUGCAAGCUGACAGGUUAGGAGCCUCCCGCAAACAAGGUGCAGGAGGUGGACACAACUCGCUUUGAGAGGAACAAGUAGGCUGCUUAUUCCCCGAUUAGAUUUCUCAUAUUUUAUAUUAUUUGUAGAUCACCGUGAGUCUCUUGAAAAGGGCAUCUUGGAAACAACAUAGAAUCACAGAACUGUAGAGUUGGAAGGGACCCUGAGAAUCAUUUAUUCCAACUCCCUGCGAUGCAGGAAUAUGCAGCUGUCCCAAACAGGGAUCGAACUUGCAUCCUUGGCAUUAUCAGCACCACGCUCUAACCAGCUGAGCUAUCCAAGCUCGGUAGUAAUUAUUCAGCUAUGCAUUACUCAGUAGUAAUAAUAUUUGCUGUGUUGAUGAAGGCUUAAAUUCAUGAGCUCCACCCCCUCAAAGUCACUGGACGGCUUUGGAAAUAAGUUUAAUGAUACUUGAAAUCAUAACAUAGCCAGCAUUAACUUCUCUUUGUAUUUAUUUACUGUUACUGAUAUCCUAACUUUCAGGAUGUAAAUCCCUCCUAGGUGUCUUAGGGGAAACUGAAAUACAUUUUUUAAACUACAGUGAACAAUAUCAACAUACAAAAAAAUAAUAAUAAUUCAGGAUACUCCUCACCAAGCACUUGGUGAUGAAAUGACAGUAGUGAGUAAGUGACAGCCCAACUAGAGCAGGCUCUGAGGUGGUCCUCACCUCCCUGUCUCCCUCUCUCUUCUGGAAUCCUUCUCAUAGGACAGCUGACGGUAGAUGGUUCUGCUGAGGAUUGGCCUUUGGCAGAAUACCCAAUGUGUUGUUGCAACAUGAUAACCAACAUGGUGCCCUCCAGAAUGCAGACCUGAACUCCCAUCAGGCCCAGGCAGCAUCGUCUGUGGCCAACGAUGAUGAGUUCUAGUCCCGUAGCAUCUGGAGAGCACCACGUUGGCUGCCCCUGGGCCAAGCAUGCAUGACACUUUACACAAUAACAAACGACAGGACCCAGGGAUCUAGUACUCUAAAUUUCACCAGUUAUACAUAGUUAGGCUUCGUUUCAGGUGGGGUGGGGGAAUGAUGGAAGAAAUCUUUGUCAAGUCAUGGGCCCCAGAGAAAAGGAAGGCUUUCGUGGAUUUAGAGAAAGAGGUUUAUCCUAAAUAAUCCUCACCCAUCAUGACUGAAAAAUUCACUAAGGAUAUAAAACAAGUGACACUUGUUACUGGACCCUCUUCUGGGAUCGGCACUGUGCCAGUUGCCUUUAAAGCUCACCGUAGCAACCAACCGCCGUGUACCUUCUCACAUGGCUGCUUCGUCUGCAGUAAGCAGAGUGGCUGGGGAACCUAGCCAGGUGGGAAGGGUAUAAACAAAUUACAGUGGUGCCUCGCAAGACGAAAAGAAUCCGUUCUGGGAGUCUCUUCGUCUAGCGGUUUUUUCGUCUUGCGAAGCAAGCCCAUUGAUGGGAUUAGCGGAUUAGCGCUAUUAGCGCUAUUAGCGGCUUUUAGCGGCUUUUAGCGGCUUUUAGCAGCUUAUCAGCUUAUCGGAUAAGCAGAUAAGCGGCUUAGCGACUUAGAAAAAGAGGGGGAAAGGGGAAAAAAAACCCAGGAACUCGCAAGACAUUUUCGUCUUGCGAAGCAAGCCCAUAGCAGAUUCGUUUUGCGAGGCACCUCCAAAACGGAAAACUCUUUCGUCUAGCGAGUUUUCCGUCUUGCGAGGCAUUCGUCUUGCGGGGCACCACUGUAUUAUUAUUAUCUGUUACCUUUCUCCUGUGUUUCUCUGCACUUCUGGUCCCUAUGUUUGCUUGUCCUCUUUCAUCUUUUACUUCAAACUCCUUGGCAUGAGAUAAUUCUAAUUUUGCAUGCAAGUGUCAGAUACAACCCAAUGCAGCCCUGGGUGGCCUUGGAAUACAAACAAGCGUGGUUGGUUUUUGUUGUGCAUAAUUUCUGGCAUCCUUUACUCUCGUGGACAGCAUUUUAUUUUAAUUUACUAUAAUGAGUUAUUUUACAUGAUGCUGUUGUUCCUAGUUCGUUACAUUCCCAAGAGUUUACUAAUUGAGCCUUGAUGACCAAAUCUUCACGCAAUCCCCAUAAACACUGCUUGCUCGGUAAGAGCUAGCAAGGGGGAAAUAAGUCAGUGGCUAAGCCCCAGAGAGUUCACUGUAUGGGGGCUGCCCUUUGCCAAUGUUCCCUGCAUCCCCCAAAGGUGGUAACAUCACCACAACAUGCAAUAUGGAAGCUGAUAAUAGGAGGAAAAUUUUCCAACCCCUGCAGUGCAGUAAUAAUCACAACCUCGGCAGUGGCAGGGCUACCACCUUGAACUCUAUAGUGAUCAACAUCUUGCCACACAUGACUAAGAGAGUGCAUAGUUUGCCAGGUGUUUAUUCCACUUAAGAACAGACUUGAUGGGGAAAUUUAACAGGAAUUGAUUCAAGAAAGACUGUAGCGUUAGGUUCAGGUAAAGAGAAGAGGCCAUAGCUCAGUGGUACAGCACAUGCCUUGCAAGCUGGUUCCAUGUUCAGUCCUUGAUUAUCUCUAUUUAGAGGGGUUGUAGUUAGCGAGCCUGAAAGAGACCUCCGCUUGGGACCUUGGAGGGCUGGUGCCAGUAAGGACAGCCGUUGCUGGACUUAGAUGGAUCAGCGGCCUCACUCUGAGUAAGGCAGCUCCAUAUGUUGAUACGCUGUUCUGAGACUGUUGUCAAGGGUAGUCUGUUGGAAUCUUCUGCUUUGCACCUUCUGCCUUCUUCAGGUGAUUUUCUGUCUUCCUCCCUUUCUUCUCCCCCUUCUCUCUUCUCUGCCCUCCCUGACAGAAUGGUUUUGAGCCUAUCUUAGUGUUUGAGAUUGACAGUAAUACCAACACCAUUAAAAGGAGGCCGGGGACACUCAACCAGGUGAAGAGCAUGCAGCGUGUGACUGUCUUGGCUGGAUUUACGUUUCCUGCUUACCUGAUACUGAGGGCAGCGUUGAUCCCUACUCUUGGCCUGUCCUGUCAUGAGCUGAUUUAAAGCGGAGCCCGAGGGAGAGUUUUCAUGUCCAGCUAAUGGAGCCAAGAACCACCCUUGCUUAAUGGAUGACUCUGCAGAGAGUUGGUGGUCCAUGUGCACCAUGUCUGGACGAGUUAAGCUGGGGGAGGUCACGCAAGAUACAAUAAACUAAAAAUGUAAGAUCAGCCUUGCUGAAUGAGACUGAGAAGGUCCAUCUAAUCAAAGAAUCACAAAGUUGGAAGGGACCACACGGGUCAUGUAGUCCAACCCCCUUCAAUGCAGGAAUUUUUCACCCAAGGUGGGGCUCGAACCCACAACCCUAAGAUUAAAAGUCUCAUGCUCUACCGACUGAGCUUCCCAGUUGGCAGCCAGUUUCUUUUGUGAGGCCCAAAGCAAGAGGACACAAAAGAAAGACCUCUGCUGUUGUUCUUCCCUCGCAGUUCAGAAAUAUGAAGGGUCCAUUUAGCUAUCGCAGACCCUCUUCCAUGAAUGUGUUUAGUCCCAUUUCAAGGCUGUCUAAAUAGGGGGCCAUCAUCACAUCUGGCGGCAGCAAAUUCCAUGUGAUAACUCUCUGUUGUGUGAGGACGUUCUUUCUCCAGUCUGUCCCGAAUCUGCUACCCAUCACUGGGUGACUCUUGAGUUCAAGUAUUCUGAAAGAGGGAGAAGGGGGAGCUCUUUCCACUUUCUCCAUAAUUGCAUGCAACCCUCCAUCAUAUUUCCCCUUAUUUGUCUCCUCCCCCUUAACUAAAAAACCCACACAUGUUUUAGCUUUUCCUCAUAAGCUCCAGCCCCUGAAUCAUUUUGGUUGCCCUAAGUCAUUGCAAAGACCACAGAAUUUUGGUUUCUGCAUAUUAAAUCCCAUCUGUACCACCAAGAACCACUCCUGGGGCAAUUUUCUGGUUUGCCAUGUGAAUGGGCUAGAAUAGGAUUGCCAAGUAAACGAGUUGUCAAAGAAAAGCAGUUUUAUUCUGACAUGACAUGAUGUCUAACCUGUCUGCAGCAGAAGCUGAUAACUAGCCUGUAAAACUUUUCUUGUUUGCAGAAUCUUGAGCAGCAGAUAAAGGCUGUACUUUCUGGCCACUAAAAUAAACUGCAAAUGCACACCCAUCACUGUGUGUCACUUUUCGUCUGAUGUUUUUGGUGCUUUGCAGACUUCUUUUUUGCAGAGGCCAUUAUGAUUUUUCAUUGUGAAAAUGAUCAGGUCCUGUGCUUGCUUAAUAUUUCAUUCGAAUCAUUUCUGACAAAAGUAAAAAACAAAAAAUGAACAUACUCUAUUAUUAUAGAAGACCUGGUUAUCUGUCAAGCUGGAGAAAGGGCAGAGACAUAGAUGAAGGCAGCCUGUCUUCCGUUCACCCAAACAAGCAGGCCUGACCUAGAAGCCAUUGGAGAGGUCAGGGAUAUCAUUUGACUUCCUCUGGCCUGCUGUUGUUAAAUUCCUAUUGCUGCUCUUGCUGGUUUCUCCUCUUGGUGAGAGCCUGGGUGGUGGAGCACAAGCAGAAUCAAUGGCUGACAUCCUUCAGGUACCAGAGUGAGACCCUCAAAUAGGCUUGUGGGCUGUUCUCUGUAACUAGCUUCUUCUUGGUGACACUUCACACAAGAUGGUGAUUGUGGGUCACUCGCUUCCACCCAUGCAACUCUUCUAAAACCUGGUCCUGAGUUUGGAGCCCACUGCGCCUCCCUCCAACAGCAGAACAAAGAGGAAUAGAGGAAUAUUGGUAGAUGGGCCAGUACACUUGCUGAGUGGUGCUUCCUUGUUGUAUAAAACGAAGUUCUGCCGUCUCCUUAACGUGAACUGAAAAGUCACCCUUUUGUGCUUGCAUUCCUUAACAAGUCCACUUCUCUUGAUUAGUCUGAUUAUCUUGUACAUACAUGCUGGAAAUUGUAAUCAGUGAUAAUAAAGAGUCCUCACAGAAAUGGCAAAAUAUGUCUAAGAACCGGAGAUACUUAUGCAGUUGAAUAUUCACUUCGUACUAAUUUACCUUUGAUUAAAGAUCUUUUCUUUACAUAUAAUCAGUUUUAUCUCCCCCGCCCCCCAUUGGCUAGCUUAGUGGCAGCCUUCCUUAUUUUGUGGCUCUUGUCCCAAAUACAUUUAAUCCUGGCUGUACUAUUCUCCAUUAUUAUAGUCCCAGAAGUGUUAUGCUAAUUUUCUAAGAGAUCCUUUUUAUGGCAUGUAAAUUCCCCCCCCCAUCUUAUGCUCCAUCUUCCUACCCCUAGAAUGAUAUCCUAGAUGUGUAUAAAGCUUAUUUCUGCUGCGUUCUACUGCUUCAUCUUUCUCCUUUAUCCACAGAGUGAUGACAGAUCCACCAUCUCGCCAAAUUCACCCACAGCUCAAACAGGUAAACUUGGGUGAGAAAGCAAAGGGGGAAACAGAUGCAUCACUGAGAUCCUGAAAAGGUUAUCAGCGUGCAAGCUAAGCUGACGGGGUCUUGGCCAUAACCUGUGGACCAGUGUUGCACCACAACCAAGGGUUGCGCCAACACUGCAAGCCAGUUGUGGGUACAGAAGUGCCUUAAGCAAUCCUUUCCACCAGGUAGUUUUAUAGGUGUAAUAAUUGUCAUACUUUCGAGUGUUCAGAGGACUUCACACACAUUGUAAUGACCCUUGAUUUGUAGGAUUGGCCAGCACCGUUCUUCUCCUUUCCUAGAUUAGGGGGUCGGUGGGUGCUGAGAUAGCAUUGCCUUCCCUACAGCCACCUAGUGAGUUUAUGGCAGAAGCAAAACAUGACCCUGUACCUUCCUGAUUCAUACCUCAUUUGUUUUACCUCCAUGCUACGCUAGCUCUCUCUCAGUUCUUUGACUCAGCAGAGAGACGCAGCUCACUUCCACACAAGUAAAGUAAGGCAAUAAAAAAGUUUGUCUCCAAAUGAAGCUAGGUCCAGAAAACUCCCUAAUCAAUUGUCAUGGUUAAGUAAUGGCACAUGAGCCUUUCUUCCACUGAUACAUCUUGCCUGUGAUGUUGGGCCAAACCAAAAUAUGACCACAGCUGGAGAUAAAACAGGCUAUUAGGCUGCAGCUGUGAAAAUCCAUUGUACUGGGAGAAAACUAUUUUGUAUGGGUUCCUAAAUGCAGGACUGUUGUAGCCCGAGCUCCAUUGCAUUGGCUUUGUUUUUCUGGACUGAGGCUCCUUUGGAUGUUCCUCAGGUUGUGAAAUUGUGAUAAAAUAGAGAAGACUUUUUUCCAGAGGGUACUGAGGAAUGUCCAUAGACAUCUAGAAUGGGCUGGUCUUCCCCUCACAUCUUUAUAACACUCAGCAAUAAGUUUGCCGGUUUAAAAACAUGUCCUUCCAAAUAUUGUUCUGCUGAGCUGACAGCAUGUUUUUGCAUGUCCACAUUCAGUUCACCUGUCCGCUCCAUAUCCUGGUCCAGCUGUUGCUGCUGCUCCUCCUUCCUACAGAAAUCCUCCCCAGCGUCCUGAGAGCUUCCUUUUUCGGAAUGUUGCCAGGGAUGAAGUGAGCAAAGGUAGGCUACACAAACUGGACCUGUGAGGGUGUGGCUUGGUGGUCUCUGUUAGCCCUUUGGAACAUAGGGAGCUGACUUAAACCAAGUCGGGCCAUUGGUCCAUAUAACUCAGUAUUGCAAACCUGACCGGUAGCAGCUCUCCUGGGUUUCAGCCAAUAAUAAUAAUAAUAAUAAUAAUUUAUUAUUUAUACCCCGCCCAUCUGGCUGAGUUUCCCCAGCCACUCUGGGCGGCUUCCAAUCAAGAGUUAAAAACAAUACAGCAUUAAAUAUUAAAAACUUCCCUAAACAGGGCUGCCUUCAGAUGUCUUUUAAAAAGAAGAUAGCUGCUUAUUUCCUUCACAUCUGAAGGGAGGGCGUUCCACAGGGCGGGCACCACUACCGAGAAGGCCCUCUGUCUGGUUCCCUGUAACCUUACUUCUCACAAUGAGGGAACCGCCAGAAGACCCUCGGUGCUGGAUCUCAGUGUCCGGGCAAAACGAUGGGGGUGGAGAUGCUCCUUCAGGUAUACAGGACCGAGGCUGUUAAGGGCUUUAAAGGUCAGCACCAACACUUUGAAUUGUGCUCGGAAACGUACUGGGAGCCAAUGCAGAUCUCUCAGGACCGGUGUUAUGUGGUCCCGGCGGCCGCUCCCAGUCACCAGUCUAGCUGCCGCAUUCUGGAUUAAUUGCAGUUUCUGGGUCACCUUCAAAGGUAGCCCCACGUAGAGCGCAUUGCGGAAGAUAGCUAGAGCAUGCACCACUCUGGCAAGACAGUCUGCAGGCAGGUAGGGUCUCAUCCUGCGUACCAGAUGGAGCUGGUAGACAGCUUCCCUGGACACAGACUUAACCUGCGCCUCCAUGGACAGCUGUGAGUCCAAAAUGACUCCCAGGCUGCGCACCUGGUCCUUCAGGGGCACAGUUACCCCAUUCAGGACCAGGGAGCCCCCACACCCGCCCGCCCCCUGUCCCCCAAAAACAGUACUUCAGUCUUGUCAGGAUUCAACCUCAAUCUGUUAGCCGCCAUCCAUCCUCCAACCACCUCCAGGCACUCACACAGGACCUUCACCGCCUUCACUGGUUCUGAUUGCAGGACAAGGGAUUGAACUUAGGACCUUUUCCAUUUAGAGCAUGUGCUCUACCACUGACCAGUGGAUCUUCCCCUACAUCGGAGCCAAGUUGCGUUGCACAGAGCAGUUGCUUCAUUAACUAGGCUGAAGGGUAUGCUCUAACAAGCAGCAGAUGAAGUGAUUAACCUGUGAUUGGGCUUUCGCUCUUGGGAAUGCAAAGUGGAGGGGGCAGUGGGGCUUAUGUGGCUGAAGGAUGGCUCCCGCACACUGCAUAUGGUCCUUUAUUAUUUUCUUGUCUUUUCUAGCCGCUGCAUCACUGCCUUCUUCUGCAUCGACACCUGCUAAUAGCACUGAAGACCAUAGUGAAAACCACAGUUCCAAGCUGCAGGAAGAAGAGGUUGAGCUGAUAGAGCAACUGCGGAAAGUAUGUGGCAAAGUUUUCUCCGUUGCUUUGGAAAGAUGGGCUUGCUAAAUAAGUUCAAGGCAAAUCUGUUCCAGGGGUAGCCAACCAAAUGACCACCAGAUAUUGUUGGACUUUAACUCCCAUGAGCUCUAGCCAGCAUGGAAUCCUUAAGGAAUGCUAGAGAUGUCCGUGGCAUUCUGGAUUUUAAAAAAUCUUGCAUGUCACAACUUGUUUAUCUGGCAGAUGUGCUGCAUUUCAUUACUGCACUGUGGGCUGCAUCCUGUGUUGUGGUGUUUGUACACAAGAGUGUUCUUGCAAUUAGUCUCAUGACUAAAAAGUAAUGUGAGAAGGAUUUAUAAAUGUCUACUCCUGCAGAACCACUCCCAGUUUCUCAGCACACUUCUUUCUGAUUUGUUGCAAAUCAGGUUCCCAGAUAACUUAGUUUAAUUGCAGGAGGAAAACAUUUGGGAGUACAGAAUGUUGCCCUUGGCUGCAUUUGGACAAUUGCAUCUUGGCUUAAUAAGCUGAGGUAUGAAUGAGCCAUGGCACUGCUGUAUGCAGCGGUUUUGCAGAAAAGCCAGGGAGUCUUCAGUUAACUAUGGUUGUCCGUUACAUUAGAACUGGGAAACUGUGGUUUGUAACUUAGGAGGAAGCCAGGACACGAAACCAGCUUCAAACUAUGGCUUCUUAUCCUGGCUUGUUCCGAAGCUGUUAAGCACAGUUUCCCAGUUCUAAUGUAACUGGAAACUAUAGUUUGCUUGCUCAUGCAGAGUAAGGAGCAAAGUGGCUGCUUGCAGAGCAUGAGAUUUGCUGGUUAUUUUGCUGAGAUAAUCCGAACACAGCCAUAUCCUCAUCUAAUGAUGUCUGUAGGGUGUACUUUACAGAUUUCUUGCAACCUAUUUAAAGUUUGUCUCUAGGUAGCAUGUAUUGUGGCGGCGGCAAUGAACUUGAAAGUUUCUCACCUCUUUCCCCUCUUUUUUUCAGAAAAUUGAAUCACGGUUGAAAGUGUCUUUGCCCAGCGAUCUUGGAGCAGCGCUGACUGAUGGCGUGGUGCUCUGCCAUUUAGCCAAUCAUGUGCGGCCUCGUUCUGUUCCUAGUAUUCACGUCCCGUCGCCAGCUGUUGUAAGUAUCCCGUUAAGAGCGCUGUGGCUGCCUGAUAGAAUCUGUACCUGUUUUUCAAAUUUGAUUCUGUCUUCUGGCUUGAAAGGCCCUCAAGCAAUGAAACAGCAGAUGACUGCUAAAGAUAAGCAAUAGUGUAAAAUGACAAAAGCAGAACUACAGAGCAGUGGUGAUAAAAUAAUUAUUAUUGAUUUAUUUUAUUUUUUAUUAACUUUGUAUAGCACCCUUCAUCUGAAGAUCCCCAGGGUGGUUCACAACAGAAAAAUGCAGAAUGAGAAUACAAAAUAGAACAAAAACAAAUCAAUUAACCCCCUCCCACAAAUACAUAGGAGCCAGAAGGAAAUUAGCUGCACAAAAUUCCCAGCAUAUUCUGGAGAGAAGUUGUCUGCUGCAGGGAAGACCCUGCACCUCAAAGAGGUCAGCCUGACUUCUGAUAAGGAAACAUGCCCCAUCCCAGUCCCAAAGAUCUCAGUCUACAGAGAUAUUAGUUUCUUCAAAUUUCUCUUUAAUGUUGCUACAAACAACCCUUGAUCUCUGUGUCAAUAAUAUUCAACAAGAGCUGCAAGCACCUAUGGCUACAGUGGCAAACACUGCAGUUUUGCAUUGUAAGAACCCCCGAAUCUUGUGUCAGCUGCUUUUGGCAUGCAAAUAUUCCAUGCAAAUCCAGACCUUCACUAAUUUGUCUGGCUCUAUAGGCAGCUGCUUUAACUUAAUUUCUGGCUGACCAGGAUAGUGGGGUGAGAGUAAGAGAGGAGUUUGGGCCUCAGUGAGCAAGAGGUGCACACCUAGAGACAGUAGUAGUAGUAGUAGUAGUAGUAGUAGUAGUAGUAGUAAUACCCCACCCAUAUGGCUGGGUUUCCCCAGCCACUCUGGGCAGCUUCCAACAAAAUAUUAAAAAUACAAUAAAACAUCAAACAUUAAAAGCUUCCCUAAACAGUGCUGCCUUCAGAUGUCUUCCAAAAGUCAGAUAGUUUCUUAUUUCCUUGACAUCUGAUGGGAGGGCGUUCCACAGGGCAGGCGCCACUACUGUGAAGGCCCUCUGCCUGGUUAAGGGACAGCUGGCAGAGAAGUAUAUGUGGGAACAGCCAUGCUGUCAUAUGUACUAUUUUUCUUCCUAACUGAAAUUUCUAGGGACCCACACUAUUGACUCCUAGCACAAAAAUAUCUUUAGCAUUCUGGUUUAUCUGUAAGGCACUGCUGAGUUAAGAAUGACAUGGUCCUCCUUUCUUCUGCAGCCUAAGUUAACCAUGGCCAAGUGUAGACGGAAUGUGGAAAAUUUCCUGGAAGCUUGCCGAAAGAUUGGCGUGCCUCAGGUAAAAGAGAAAACCUUCUGUGUUUAUUUUGCACUGCAUGUACUCAUUUUAUAUUAUUGAGAGCCCGACAUUUCAUAGCACCAGUUCCUGCACGGGGUUGGGGGCCACAGUGGAAAUAAAUGCCUAGAGAUGUAACCUACCAUAUUGCAGCCAAUCAAGCCACUCCAGUAAUAAGCACCCUUUGUCCUUCAAUAAUGCCUAUAUGCAGACUUGCAUUCAGAAUAGGCUCAACGGAAAGUGUGUUAAUGAAAAUGUAGCAAAUCAGGAAGUGAAAUCAUGCUCCUGUUUAUUCCAGUUCAUCUAAGUGCCUUAUCAGGGCUUGCCCAGUCUUGCUCAGUGCAUUGAGUAAGAUGUGAGGUCUUGCGUUAGAAAUCAGGUUUAGUUCUGCUGUUGGCUUCUGUUUAUGAAGAAGGACGGCAGAGGCAAACAGAACACUGGGUACAAUAAAUAUAAUUGUAUCUUACAAGUCUGAGAAGUCUUGUCACUAAUCUCAUUAGUCUACCUAUUUUAUACCUUCUGGUACUUGUUCUUGGAGACUGUACUCAGUAUGAAAAUUCAGCUGUAUGAAAGAUUUGUACCAUUGGCUAUUCAAAUGGGGUUCUGUGUUCUGAAUCAUUCCCACGCCCUCAGAUAUGCUUGGAGUUGGAUGUAGGUAUGCCAGAGAGCGCAGGAGUGCUCCAGAAUAUCAUACUUGAUGCUACUACAGGCAGAAUUUUUCUGCACUGUGUAGUUUGGGGGGUUUUUUUGGUCUGGAGAGAAACUUUGGGGUCACUCCAGUGAAAACCAUAGUCCCAAGCUUGACCUAGUGUGAUGUAUGGUAUUUGAGAAGAAGUGGAAGGACUAGCUGACUGUAUUUCACUUAUUUAAAGUGAUAUGUUUGCAGCUAGAUCCUGUGACAUUUGACCUGGUCUCUGAUGGUAGGUAUCCAAUAAUAUAUUCCUAUAUUCAGCAGUUGACAUCCUAAUCUGGACACUGCAAUAACAAUUUUUGGACUUGACACUUCAUCUUCCCAGUUGCUGCAGGUGCUGACUUUAGGCAGAGACUCUUCCAAGGCAGCGCUGCAGACAUUCAGCACAUCCUAGUCCAAUUGUCAGCUCCUUUUGCUUCUGGAUUCUGCUCACCAUCCUUCAGAGAGCAGCCCAGUUGGUGCAAAAACGAGGCUUGACCGUGUGUGCUGCAGGUUUUUAGCACAGAUACUUUUCAGUCGUUUGGUUUCAUUAUAUUGCAUGUGAAACAUUAAGUCUUUAAGUGCUGUAAUACUGUUUCUGGUGGCAAUGGUCCGCUCUCCACCUCUUGAUGAUAGCCGAGUCAUAAUUGCUACAAGCAGUUGCUUUUCCAAGAGAUCCCUAGAUCUUUACCACGAAGAGCAGUAUUGACUGUGUCGGGUUAUUACUUGUCUGUGUGUUUUGAACAACCAGCAUUUGGCAGGUGUAUAAUCGAGAUGCCAAAGUCUCACACUCCAUAAGCGGCAUAUAAAAUCCACUACCAGCCAAGGACUUAAAGCCUCCUGCACAAACCUCUCACCGAAAUCCCCUCUCAACUCUCCCCACCCCAUGUGUUACCUGCUGUCCCCUUUACCUGCUAUCCUCAGAGAGGCCCAGAUGCAUACCUCUAGCCCCAGCCUUCCUUGUCCCCCUGCCUUGCUGGCUUGCACUCUUUUUCUCCUCCUUCCUGUUGUUGCCCCUCUUGCUUCCACUGCGUGACCCUAGCCAUCACCUGACCACUCCCUGUGGGCAGGAUAAGGAAGAGUGGAAGCAGGAGCUGUGCUUCAACUAGCCAGGAUCUGCAAGCAACUCUCAGGUUGCAGUUUGCCAGUCCCAUGUGUUUUGAGUUUGGAACAUAGCAGGAAUAAAUGAGUUGUCUUCUGCUGCCGCCUUCUGUGCCUCUUUUCCAUAUCCCAUUUUGCCAGCUGAAAGGCCUUCAUUCUCAUCUUCAUAGUAAUAGCUCUUGGAGUUGGCUGCCCCUUGGAGUUAACAAAAGGCCAAGUGAAAGAGCUAUUCAGCUCACCCAGCAGCACUCUCUGCAGUCUGACAAUUCAAGAUGAGUCGUGGUGGUGGCUGAGCUGAUGAGGCUGGAAGCCAUUUUCUUUGCUUGGGGGAAUCCGCUUCUGUUCAGCUUUGGUGUAGACCAGAGAGAAGCAGAAGGUUGUGUAGACCAGGUUGAAGCCGAAAGUGUCAAGUAGGUUCAAGCCAAGGAUGUUGCUGGGGCUCAGUGGGUGACCUGAAGGCAUUGUUGGUGCUAGCCAUCACAAGGAAGAGCAAGAGUCAUGCUUGAUGGACCCAAGACCCUGAGUAGGAGUGAGGACAGGGGUUGGGGAGAUGGGUGGGAGACACCCGGGAGCCAGAGACCAGCCACUUACGCCAUUGCUCUGAUGUCUGGGAGUUUGUGGGUUGACACCAGUGACCUAUCCAGCACUUUGCCCAACUCAGCAUAACAAAGGAUGCUGAAACUGAAGUCUGGCUGUUUUGAGAAUAUAUCCCCCAACAAUUUUGAGGAAGCUUAAUUAAGUAUAUUUCUUAUAACCAAGAAUACACAUGGGGUGGGAUUCAGCACUGCACCCUUCCAAUCUUUCCAUCAGCACAAGCAUUCCAGGUUGCCCGAUGGAACAAUAUCACAUCGCCUUCCCCUCUGUCCGCACGCUGUUCUGGGGUUCUUCCUGACCACCCAGCCCCAGUGUUAGGGCGGAAAUGCCUUGUUGCACAAGUGGAAGCAUCUGUGCACAAUUUCCUAUGACGGGCCUCAUGAGGUGAAUCCUACCCGUAAUCUGUGGAAAUUUGACAUAACUCAGAUCCUACACCUAGAGAAAUGGGGAUCCUUUAUCCUUUUAAAAUAAAAACUGCUGCUUCUUAUAGUUUAUAGGGACUCUGAAGCACAUGUAGAGCUCUAUGCAAAACAGGAUCUGGUCUAUACUCUUCACUGUUGGGGAACAUGUCAGGCAGUGAUGGCAAUAAGAGAUCCUGCCUGCACCAAGUACCACUUGGUCUCGGUCUCUCUCUCUCUCUCUCUCUCUCUCUCUCUCUCUCUCUCACACACACACACACACACACACAGUGUUGGACCCGGGACAGGCAUGUGGUGCCUCCCGUUGGGUUUGUGUUGUACCAGUAAUAAAGAGAAAGGUGUUCGCAUGGUCCUAUGUAGAAAUACUUACCUUUUGAGAGGGCAGAUGAGAUCCCUUUUUAAAGCUGUUCUCUAAAGGUAGCAUCUUGCAUAGAGCCACAUUCCCCUUCUGCCGUGCCCGCAUGCCCAUGUUUAGCUAAGUGGUUUAGUGGGCACAGUGCGACAGAAACACAUUUGGGGGUUGAUGUGCUUUGCACCCUCACAACCAUCCACCACCUCUGCCGGGAGAAAAGUGAAAAGUCCAAAAAUUGCAAACUUUUUUUAAAAAAAUGAAAAUGAAACGUGUUGCAUGAUGGUACACUGGUUUACCUAUGCAGGAUACUACACUCAGAGACCAACUUUGCAUUCCCAACCAAAAAUGGGUGCACUUUUGGGGUGUUUUCCAUGCACCACGCUCCCAGUUUAAAUAACACCCCUUCCUGAAAAAUGAAGGCCUGAUUGUGCCAGUAUGUUUUAUGGCUGUUUUCUUCCAAUUGAACAGCAAUAUAAGAAUAGAGGUAAGAACACUGAAGGACCCUUUUGUGAAAAAUGGAUGACCCUGGGCUUUCUUGUCUACUUCAUGGAUUCUUGCAUGACUGAUGACUGACGCUAAUUUUUUUCUGUCUGUUUUCCCUUCCUGCUCACACUUUGGACAGGACAAACUCUGUUCCCCUUCUGACAUUCUCCAGCUAAACCUCAGCAUUAAAAGGACAGUAGAAUCUCUUCUUUCUCUGGGGGCAGAUUCAGAAGAACCGAAUCUUGUCUCCCUUUCCACCCAGCUGUGUGGCUUUGCAGCAUUUUACUGUGCUCUGAUGCUAAUGCUCUGUGUGUUCUAUCGCUGGGUCUUUUUCCUCUAGCUAAAGCUCAAGGGUGCCAUGGACUUAACUCCAGCUCUUCCAAGCGGUUGGUAAACGGUCUGUGUUUCAGUCGAGAAUUUUGUAUGUGUACGUUGUUCCUGAUCCACCAGCAAUCUGCUCUGUGUGAUGUGAAAAACUCUCUUGCUGAUAAUGACCUAGUCAGGCAGAAUUUGCUGUUAGAUAAGUGAAAGCUCCCUUAUAUUAUGUGGCUGGAAUACUUUAUGCAAAACAGAAGGGGGGUUACACUUUGUAGAAAUCUAUUUUAAUUGCACAACGGUGGAUAUUUUUGUAGAACAGGAAGUUCACCCACUUCCUUUGGGAGGGAGGGAGGGUUGGUAGAGACAGUGAUGGACACUUGAUUCUUGGAACUCACAGAACACUUGAAAAACCGGGAUACAGUGUUGAAGGGAGACACUCCCUCACCAUAAGAUUUUUCCAUCUAGACCUCCUUUGGUUUCUUAAGGAUUAAGCAAACAAUGAAAUGCAUCUACACCUUUUUCUCCAAGUGCUAGGAAUAUCACCAUCCUUUUUAAAACAAAAAGUGGCGAUUGUUCAGGAUUCCUCAGAAACCUCAAGCCUAAGCAUCAGAGGCCUUAUUUUCAAGCAGUGCAGAUGGGCAAUAUUCCUUCCUGUCUCUGAGGCACUGCUAGAUUUGCAGAGCAGGCUGUGUUACACAGCAGAACGUGGAGAUUGCAGGUUUUUACAGCCAAUGCAGGUUUUAUUACAGUGGCAUUAUCCACCCAAAUAGCAGUUUGCACUGAUGGUCUACGAUGCAGGAGGGGCUCAUGAAAAAUGGCUUCUCAUCUUCUUAGACCAGAAAAUCCACAGCAUGCCAUUUUUUUCUAGUGAUCUCUACUUUAUUUAGAAUACUUACACAAGUUCCUCUUUGCUGUUACAUUGCUCAGUCUGAGCAGACCGCUAGUGUGAGCAAAUAUCUGUACCAGCAAGUCUGCUACCUUAAUCCUGUCUGCACCAGCUGUUAGUGUUGUCUUCAGCUACUGGUGAUGUCUAGCACUGGGAAAAUGCAACCCUUUGCCUUGCGUUUCCUCACCUCCUUCUGGGCUCACGUUCAUAUUUGCACACAUGUGUGCCAAUGUCACAAAUGUAUUGACUUGUUUAUUUCACCAUUAGGAUUUCUCAGUUGAUCUCUGCUGUCACAAAGAAUUUAAGAGUGAGAGGCAUUCGACUUUCUAGCAAAUGCACACGAGCAAGUUGUUGAAAUCCUCAGCUUUAAUACCAGUCCUGUAGCUUUCCAAUAAAUAGUGACAGCACUUUUAAGGAGCAGCGCCUUAUCUGAAAUACCGUUCACACUGUUAUUGAUUAAUUAGGUGCUUUCAUGUUUAUAGACAUACUCAGAACAAUGUGUAACAGUGUUCAGCAAGCUGGACAGUUCCCAUUUGGGGCUGAUGGCAUUUGUCCUUGUUGUGGUUUGGUGGAACUGGGGUGCAAAUAUUUCUGCUGGUGCUCAGCCUUGAAAGGGUCUAGUGGGGUAAUAAAACCAGGGAUGGAGAAAGUAAGUUAACCCACUGAAACUCUAGCCCCUGGAAGCCCUGCUCAGUCUGCCGUCUGGCUUCUAAGAUUUCGCCAGACAGUUGCCUGCUCCCACCCCCCCCCAACCCCAGUUUAACAGCUCCCUCUCCCCAUGGAUGGAGCACCGAGGCUUCGUUCCACCACCCUCAGCCAGCCUUACAGAAUGGCUUCUUGACUCGUUUUGUGUAGCUCAGGUACCAGCCAGGUUGAUGCUUCAGCCUUUCUUGCCUAUCCAUGCACUCUGCUCCUGCCUUUCUCAGGGAGACCUUUGCUCUUAACGUGGAUCUCAAAGCACAAGCGUUUGCCCUUCUGCCUUGAGGAGGUGUACCAUUGGAAUCGCCUCACCCUGGCAGUCACCAGUUCACACGUUUUAGGAUUUGUCCUGCUCCGGUUGGCUGGGAGCCAAAAGCUCCACAAAGCAAGAACAAAUUCAGUUAUGUUUUUAAGAAUGUGCACAUUUAAGUACUGCUGUAACCAAAUACAAAGUAGGGGGACAUCUUAGGCCUAGAAUGAGUGUCAGAGCAGCAAGUUGCUCCCCAUAUGUGAAAAUGAGAAUAUGAAAGUUGAACACAUGCAGUUAGGCUCAUGAACAGACACAUCAUUCUCUAACCUUGUUGCAUGUGUUUGAAUAGCUUUUGAAUUGGCCUCUUCUGUCAAAUAAUGAGUGCUUUAUGACUGUUGAUUCCUAAAUGGGAAGGCUCCUAGCAAGCAGAACUCCUGCCUUUGUGAAUUCUAGAAGACAGUGUUACCAAAAGACCUUUCUCCACUUUGAAUGAAUGGGUAUUAUUUUUGCGCUCAUCCUCUUGUCUCAAAAUGUUUGGUCCAUUACUGCAGGUGUAGCUAUGAUUAUACCUGGCCUCUGCCUCACUUUAGGCUAACCUGAGUUAGGUCUGGGGUUUUUUUUUUUUUACCUUUUUCUGAUCCCCUUUAGUCCAUGUUUAUAGUGGCAUUUUGCUGAAUUCAGGUAACGUUGGGGCUGAGUGCCUGGUUUGCCUGCUCUGCUUGCCAGAAAUCCCAAGCUUUCUGCAUCUCAUUGUGUAUGUGGAGGAGGCUAUCAUAGUCACACGAGGUGCACCGACAGACCACUAAAAGUGCAGGUGCCAAAGCGGGAAUGUGUGUGGGAUUCAGUGUGGUUCGGUUACAGGUGUUCCACCUGUGCAAGCCUAUCAGCUUGUCAGAUGGAACUAUGCCUCCUCCCCUCCUCCACAAUGUUCUGGGGUUCUUCUGACCCCCCCUUAAGCCAAUUUUAGGGGGCGGGUGGGGGGAGUGAGGAGGAGAAGAAACCCCAUGACUCAGGCUUCGGCUGACAGGGUUCAUUAGGUCAGUGCUCCCCAACCUUUUUAUCGCCGCGGACCGGUAAAUGUUUGAUAAUUUUUCUGUGGCCCGCUUGUUUUGAGCUGAGUCCCCCACCCUCCGUGCACUUACCUCACGGCAGCUUCUCUUCAGUCCCCGCGUCUCCGACCUCGAGUCCUCAGUCCUCCCGUGGCGCCUCCUCCUCGGCCAAUGGCGUGAGGUUUGCCUUUCGGCCAAUCAGGAAGCAGGAGGACCCGCUCCCUGAUUGGCCAGGAGGAGCAUCAGUGUAACAAUAGCGAAUUUUCAUUCGCUAUUGUCACACAAUGGGCGGGCUUGGGAGGGCGCAAUGCUCUGCGCCUCAGCCGCCCGCCACAGUGAAAUGAUUUGAAGUUCCUCGGGCGGCCCGGUGCCAAUUGAUCCACGGACUGCCACCGGGCCACGGCCUGGGGGUUGGGGAACACUGCAUUAGGUGACUUCUGUCUUCUGCGAUGAAAAGAAUGAAAAUUCUGCACCCAGAAUUCUGCAACCUAUAUAAAAUAUUGUGCGGAUUGGAGAGGCUUGCAUAAUUUAUUCUGGUUUUGCCAGCCAUGGGGAAAGGCAGUGAUUUGUACAUGGCACUGAUAUCUUGCUGACUGAAAUCUUACUCAGCCACCUUCAGAGAUUUGCAGCAGUCAUUUCCCAAAAUGUAUAUCAAGCAUAUCUUCACAGCCAUAAGGGCUAGCAAUCUUUUUUUAAAAAAUAAAAAGACAAGUUUCUCAAGCAGAUGUAUUCUUUGCUCCUGCAGGAGUUGCAACACAUGCAGUGAUUGCAUGCGUCCAGUUUUUGCAAACCACCUGAUUGCUCAGAUAAUCCCUGCUAUUCCAAAGGGGUUGUCAGGAUUUUCACAGGUGGGCCAGCCCACGCAGAACAGUUUUGCAUUUAAGCCACCAUGCGGCCUUUGCCAACCUGGUGCCCUCCAGUUGUUUUGGAUUACAACUCGCAUCAGUCCCAGCCAGCACAGCUGAAGGGCAGCAGCUUGGUGAAGGCUGCAGUAGAGCACUGUAUCUUCUUUUUUAAGAGGGAUGGUGGUGCUCCCAUACCUUUUAAAAUAGUGCCCUUGACCGUCGAUCAGCCAGGAUGCUGGUGUUUGAGCUUUAGCCGGCUGAAUCACUGCAUUUUCCCACAAUGAGCUCUUACGUUUUGUGCAAUAAUCACAGAGCUAGAGGCUCUAAAUGUCACCAGCGCUUGGGGUCCUUCCCCACAAAUUCUGCUCUCAGUCGCCUCCUAUGUGGCACAGCCAUCAAGCCUCUUCCACUGCCGCCUUUAAGAGUUUCCUGGGUGCCCACUUCCCUCCACAAUGCCUUCCUUUUGCCCCUUCCUAGACUGGGCGGCAUCUGCUUAGCAACUGUCACCUCGGCCCUGAGGCUAACGCCUCACCUGUCAGGCUGGGGAAUGUGAUACUCAAGAGUGGCUUGAGUUUUACACCUGACAGUUACCGUAUUUUUCACCCUAUAGGACACACUUUUCCCCCUCCAAAAAUGAAGGGGAAAUGUGUGUGCAUCCUAUGGGGCGAAUGCAGGCUUUCGCUGAAGCCUGGAGAACGAGAGGGGUAGGUGCGUACCGACCCCUCUCGCUCUCCAGGCUUCAGGAAGCUAUCCGCAAGCCUUGGGAGCCCGCGGGAGUCCCCGCCGGGCUCCCAAGCCUUGCGGACAGCAGCCUGCAGCCCGAAACCCAGGGAGCGCAGCGGAGCACACCCUGGGCUUCGGGCAGAUAUCCGCAAGCCUGGGGAGCCCGGUGGGAGUUCCUGCGGGCUCCCAAGGCUUGCGGAUAGCAGCCUGUUCUGGGGUCGGGGGAAGCUCGGACUUCCCCUGCCCCUGCCCCAGCCCCGCGCCUGGGGGGGAAAUAAAUUUUUUUUUCUUUAUUCCCCCCCCCCAAAAAAAACUAGGUGCACCCUAUGGGCCGGUGCGCCCUAUAGGGCGAAAAAUACGGUAUAAAGCAGAUUGUGUCCUUCAAAAGCUGAUACCUCAGUAAAUGUUAGUCUCUAAGGUGCUCAUGCACUUUCUGCUGCUACAGACUAAUGCCCCUGCUCUUCUGGGGUGUGUGUGUUUGUGUGUGUAUUUGACCGCACACCUGCAGUGUGUUCUCAGAGGAGUCCCACAGCUUACCUCUUGACCGCUCUGAAAUAGCAGUUUCACAGCCGAGCAAGGAGUAGGGGGUACAGGAGUCGACCCUGAAUUAGUCAAGGAAACAGAGCACCUCAGUUACGUGGAUAAAUGCGUGUUGGAACGCUGUAGUUUGUAUAUUUUUUAAAAGCUGUUUCUACUGGGGGUAGUUUUAGGAAUAUUUUAAAAGAAAUGAGUGCCUGUUAAAAUAAAUGGGCUGCUCAAUGAAACCGACUUUCUUAGUUGUGAAUUGAUUGAAGGGAGUGGGGAGAUGUUGCCAUGCUGGAAAUGCGUAAAGAAAAGCAUUCCAAACUCUUGUAUUGACUCCCCUCCAGUCUCUCUUGCUUGUUUAGCCAUCAUCUUUAAACAGGUAUUAACUAGCGUGUGAGAAAGGGUUAUUUUUUCCAAAUUCCUGCCAUCGCUCCUCAUUCACAUGUUAUGCAAACGAAAAGCGCUUCUCUGGCUUGUACUCUUUGUACCAGGUUUUGCAUAUAAAGUGUACAUCUAAUACCAUCCGACUUCAGAAAAAAAGCCUUCCUCUUCCCCUUCAUGUUCACCUUUAUAAUUCUCCCUUUAUAUAUGUGUGUGUCUUGUUUGCUGGGGAUGGGGGGCGUUGAUUGUGGGUUGCUUUCUUUUUUAACAUGUUGAUUAAAUAAAGUUCCUGUCCUGGAGUCUGGCUGGCUUGUUGUUCACUCUGUCACACAUGCAGCUGUUUGUCUGAUCCAGCGGUGGGCAGCUCAGAGAUGUGUUUCCUUAGGAAUGCAUCCUGAAAAGAAGGCUGGCAUGCAUGCCACAUGCCACAUUUGCACGUCACUUCCAUGUUCAUAGAGUACCAAACUACAUACUGCAUUUCUGCCGGGAUAGUAUUGCUGCCCAGUGAUUGCCUUCAGCUUUAAAAAAGAACCAGCCAUUUGAUUGCCAAGGGUGGGGUGUGGACAAAUAUUGUCAUAUUGGCUGAGAAAUUGUGUGCAUUAGAAACCACGGUGAUUUCAUUUUUCAUCCUUUAGUGCUUGGGACCGUUGCGUUUCUCAGGUGUAACCUCGAAGGUCCCAAAAUGAAAGUUAAGAUUCUGAUAAAACCCCACAGUUCUCACCCCAAAAGGCAUACUGAGAGCCAGCUUCUUAAUUGCUGCCACAGCUGAGAGGCUUGAACAUGGGAAGCUGCCUGGGUUCCAAGUCAGAGCACUGGUCCGUGUUAAGCCGGCUCUGCCUAGGCGGAGUGGCAGAGACGAGACCCCUUAAGAAGCAGAAAUGCAAUGGGCUGGACGUGGGACUUUUUUGCAUGCAGACUGCUGAGCCGCGCCACCCUCUCAUUUUAUAACAUUCCAUUUUUGGCACACGUACACACACACACAUUUGCUUUAAUUUGGUUUCCUUUUUUUUUGCGUUGUUUUAGUUUUCAUCCCUUUUUUUUCCUUUAUGUCUUUUUUGUGUUUUCCCAUGUAGGAGCGAUUAUGUUUGCCUCUGCACAUAUUAGAAGAGAGAGGGUUGACGCGAGUGGCAGAGACUGUACAGGCACUUCUGGAACGGGCCCCCCCAAAACAGCACCACCACCAGCAGCAGCAGCAGCAGCAGCAGAAUCAGCUGGCUGCUGUGUAG